CCGCCCAGGGAAAGCAGCGCGCCUUCGUCACGCGCUGCGCCGUCUCCUAGCGACGCGAGCCAAACACUCGCGCGGCGGGAGGUUUGGGAAUCCGACUGUACCAAGGAGCCAGGUGUGCGGAGGGGUGGAGUGGGAGGCGCGCACCCACAGCGACUUUUAGAGGGGGGGGGUCUCCCCUUUCCCCACCACCACCCCCGCAAAUAAUAUUGGGCUCGCCUCUUCCGCUGAGUGAAUGGACAAGGUAAACGAACGGCGCUUCCCCAGCCCCUCAUUCCGCCUCAUGUUCCGGACGUCACUCGAUUUAAAGUAUAUAUAAUUAAUAUAUUAAUUUUUUUGGGGGGGGUGGAGAAAGGAGCCCCUCUCAAGGAGCUUCUCUCAAGAUGGAGGGGGCCCGUUCAGGUAGGCCUGGCCGAGGCGCUCCGCCGCCUCGACGCCCAGAGGUGCCGCUGGCCGAGGCGCCGACGGCCCUACAUGAUUGUGUGAGGGAAAAGUCGAGGCUUGUCCCUCGGUUGAGUUCCCGCCGAGGCCCCGCUCGCCGCCUCAGGUGAUUCCGGCGGGGUUUUUUUUAGGAAUUAGACCGUAACUCCUCUGGCCGCUCGGAAGGUUGCCUCAGGUGUUUUGCGUUUCAGUUCCGACAGGCUCGGCGCCACUCCUUUUGUUCCUUAUUAUUAUAUUUUAUUUAUUUAUCGAAUUUAUAUGCCGCCCUAUACCGGUGUGGGGGGGUGUGUGUCUCAGGGCGGUUCAGAGAAUAAAACCAAGAUAUAAAACCACGAAAUACAUGAUGAAAAGCAAAACAACAACACAAUAAGCUCCCCGCCCCCCACAAAAACCCUCACACAUUUUAAAAGGGGGAAAAUUUCCUUCCAGUAGCACCUUAGAGACCAACUAAGUUUGUUCUUGGUAUGAGCUUUCGUGUGCAUGCACACUUCUUCAGAUACCAACAGGGCUACCUACCUGUAACUAGAACAUUUUAAAAGGGUAUAGGUCAUAGGAUGUAAAUGAGAUCAAUAUCCUCUCUCAUGAGUCUUGCCUUCAAUUUCAAGUUGUAUACCCCGAGGCAGGGCCUUUUCUGUUUUUUAUAUACACACACACACACACACACACCGUAUUUUUCCAUGUAUAAGACUGGUUUCCCCCCUAAAAAAUAAUGUCAAAAAUUAGGGGGCGUCUUAUACAUGGAGGGGGGACUGGCGAUUGGUUGUCGCCCCCAAAAUAGGGGGUGUCUUAUAGAUGGAAAAAUACUGUAUAUAUAUUUACAGUCACCUAAAGAUUGUAAGCACUAUAUUGCUGAUAAUCAGUGUUAUUUCCCCCCCAGAAAAAGAGAUGUUGCCAUAUUUCAAAAAGUAAAAACCAGGACACCCCAAAAGUUGCUGAACCCUGAAAGUGGUUGAGCUUUUUUUUUAGACAAUUUUUUUUUCUUUAUUCCCCCCCCCCAAAAAAAACCUAGGUGCGCCCUAUGGGCCGGUGCGCCCUAUGGGGCGAAAAAUACGGUAUUUGUAUGGUGGCAGUGCUCCUGUUGUGACCCAUCUUGAAUCAGGACCAGAGGGUCCUGACCCACUAGUUGAAGACCAGUGAUAUAUAGAAAGGAGCUCCUGCUGCUUCAUUACAACAAUCAUGCAGCAUAGUUUGGUAGAAUUACAAAUGCUAUACAUGUCUGCUCAGAAGUAACCCCAACCAAAUUUAAUGAAACUUACUCCAAAUUGUGUAUAAGGUUGCAGCCAUAGUUAACAUAAAACUUUAUGUCUUUACAUUUAAAAGUGUGUAAAAUGGGGGAGUUAAAAACUCCAUCAGUGCUUUGUAGACUUUAUUAUGGCUUCUUUGGCUUAUUGAGGCAAAUGGAGAAUUGCAGAAGCAGGAGAUUUCGUAGCUGGCAGUCUCAGCAUAAUACUUACGUUUUACCAUUGUUGUUAUCCUCUUUUCUUGAAAGAGGGCUUGGAAUUAGAAAGAUGCUCAUAUUCUGUCUCAUUUGAGUGUUUUCUUUUUGAAGCCAAGAUCACCAUUUAUUUGUUCUAUUGUGAACAUCACUUUCAGUAAUUAGAAGUUUGGCUGUAUUUCAUUAGGAAAUCACACUGCCAAGUACAAGUCCUUGGCACAGGAUGUGUCAGUAUCUCAGCAGCUGGGUGUCAGAACAGUUUCACACACAUGAUGUUAUUGUUACAAAUUACAGAUUCAUAUACCUCAUUGAAGCUUGUGAACAUUCUGACACUAUAAAAUGAAACUUGCUUGUUUAACAAACAAUGCAAUUUAACAAAUCAUUUCUGCAUAGUUGAAAAGCAAUAACACAGCUCCACCAAAAUGGCUAGGAUCUUCUGGUGGAUAUCAGCCCUCAGAGUGAUGAUAAACAAAAGUGGGAAUGCAAUCCUAUACACAUUAUGCUGAGGAGACUUUAUAUGUAGAAUUUCUGUCAUGAAAAUAUUUACAGUACAGUGGUACCUCGGGUUAAGUACUUAAUUCGUUCUGGAGGUCCGUACUUAACCUGAAACUGUUCCUAACCUGAAGCACCACUUUAGCUAAUGGGGCCUCCUGCUGCUGCGCCACCGCCGGAGCACGAUUUCUGUUCUCAUCCUGAAGCAAAGUUCUUAACCUGAAGCACUAUUUCUGGGUUAGCGGAGUCUGUAACCUGAAGCGUAUGUAACUUGAGGUACCACUGUAUUUGUUAAAUGUACAAUCCAACUCAAGAUGAAAGAAAAUUAAAAACAAAUCUGUUAACAGUGGGAUUUAUGCAGGCUUAGGUGAGCAGACGAUGGCAGUCAGAGGGAAAACCAGUCUGUCCUACAUAGAUGUUACUAACACAGAUCUAUAUAGAUCAAAGAGCUGGUAGACGUAAAUAUAUUUACUAGCACUUGGGUUUUUCCACUUGUGUCAUCGAUGUGCGUCUCAAUAGACAAGGAACUAAAAUAAAAUAGAGUGAGAUAUUGGUGAGUAGGAUAGCAACUGGGUCAUAGCGAUGGGUGGUUUAAAAAAAACAAAAACACAAGAGAGGCUUGGCAAGCAGGAAAUGGUAAUCUGUACAUACUGCAGCACCUUAAAAAUUACUGAAAUGUGAGUAGUAGAAGAAGGGCAAGGAAAUGAAACAGUGGAAGAUGAAUGAAAUGGAAAUAAGAUUAAGUGGAAGAGUUUAUACAUAAGCGGGCUAGACACAAGACCGCUUGGCGUACUGGAUUUCAUACUUGCUACAAACAUUGAGGAAUAAUUUCAGUAGAGUGGAUUGGCAAUUCAGUAAGAGCUGCAAAAUACUAUCCAGCCAACUGCAAGAAUAAAUUUGAAAUGCAAAAUGCAGUUAUUCCUUUUUUAAAAAUAUUACCAUGCAUUGUUUAAUAACCACAGGGAUCAUCACUUUUCCCAUCUUCCCUUUGUGGUCCAAGUUUAAAGGAUUAGAUCACAAUUAAUGCAGGUGAAAGUGAGCUAGCUGUAUCACUGCUGAAAUUUUCUUUUGGAACACUCACAACACUUGCUUGCAUCUACUAUGUGAUUAAAUUCUCUGCUCUGAUUUCAGGAGGGACCUGUGAUUCUCUGUACCCACUGAGAGGAUUGCUUUUGGGGCAAUGUAGAAUCCUAGAAUCGUACAGUUGGAUGGGACUCCAAGGGUCAUCUAGUCCAACCCCUGCAGUGCAGAAAUAUCAGCCUGUAGGCAGGACACGGUGCUUGUGGAACUCAUAGGCAUCCCAGCUGGCAUCACUGCCAUUUCAUUAUGUCCCAACCCAUCAUUGAUAUGUUUUGCUUUUGUGGCAGCAGCGAAGAUUGUGAGGCAUAGCACCUAAGAGAGAAUUGUCCCUCUUAGGUCUACUGCUGAGAUAAUAUAAUGGAGAGGAGCUAGUCUUAAGUCUCUGAAAUAUUCUGAUGUAGAAAUGAAUUUAUGAGGUACCAUUGAUACAGUACCAGCUUAAAGAAACUCUCCUCAUACAUUGACAGAAAAGUACUUAAACGAAUUAUAAUCUACAUCUUAGGUUUCCCCCACCUUGCAGGUGUCACUUGUGAAUAUUGCUUCAGUGACAGAGGGCCGUUUAAUUCUGCAGACUCAUAAAUACUGGCCUAGCACUGCUGUAUGGAGCAAUGUUGAGAUUCCAAGAAGUUGCUAAGCAUGGUACUCUUAUGCCCAUUUCUACUUGCUCAAAGACCUUGAUUGCAGGAAGAUACACUAUUCAACAGAAACUUGGGCGUGGAAGCUUUGGAACUGUCUACUUGGUUUCUGACAAAAAAGCAAAAGAAGAAGAAGAACAAUUGUAAGUGUUACAUACGGUGAAAUAACUUGUGUGUAGUUUUUUUUAAAUCCUCUUACAUAUAUCUGAUUUGUUUACAUCUUUAAUUAUUGUCUUCAAAGAUAAAUGAUGAAACACAAUGGAUUAAUGUUUGUCUGCAUGGAGUGUUCAGCCUGUUUCCCCUAAUGUUAAGCGGAUGGAGAUCUAAAAUUGAUUUAAAGCAUCGGCCCUUCAGUUUGUUUUAGUUUCUUCCCCUACUUUCUCCUACUUUUCUCAGUUCUUUUUCAUUACUUCUGUUUUUUGUAGUUUUCAGAACUGAACCAAGCUGAUUGUCCCAAAGCUAAUUCAUAUGUAUUUUGCAAAUUCAGGUUUGUGUAUCUGCUAGUCAACUCCUAGCUGCUACUGUAAAGCAGUUCUCUAAUUGACAGGCAACAGCUACUGCAGCCUGUGAGGGAAAGGAGAAAACUCCUGAGACCUUAGCUUGGUACAAUCAAUGGGUUCUGAGCUGGUGGUGACUGACUUUAAAAGGGGUCACAGUGGAUAGUUUGGUGAAAAUGACCCUGUGUGCAACAGCUGUAAAUAGAGCAAGUUUUAAUGUAUGGAUCAUUAGGAAAGGGGAUUGAAAAGAAGGCUGUCAAUAUUAAAAUGGGUUCAUAUGAAACUGCGGUGUGACCACACUUGGAAUACUGUGCAUCUUUCUGGUUGGUACAUCUCAAAAAGGUAGCAUCAAAGGAGGUGCAGGAGAGGGCAAACAAAAUUAUGAGGGGGCUUCACCUAUAAAGAAAGACCAGACAGUUGUGGUUUUUUAGUUUAGACAAAAUGUGAGAAAGGGGGCAGGGCAUGAUAGUGUUGUAUAAAACCAUGCAUGGUAUGGAAAAGGGAGAUAGAGAGUUUUUUUUCCUUCUCAUAAUACUAAAUACUUAAAACUCGGGGUUAACCAAUGAAACAGAAUGGCAAGAGAUGCAGGAAUUCGACAAAAUGAAGUUCUACAUACAGUACGGAGUUAAGCUAUGGAAUUUCACUACUGCAACUUUUAGUGAUGGUCACCAUUUUAGAUGGUUUUAAAAUGAGAUUAGGCAUAUUCAUGGAAGAGAAGUUAUCAGUUGCUAUCAAUGUUGGUCCUACAGUCAGUAUCAGGAGCAGCAUGUAGAAAGAAUGGCCAGUUUUGUCCUCAUGUGCUCCUUGUGAGACCCAAGGUACAUCUGAUUGGCCAUUUGAGAAACAGGAUGCUAGACAAGAUGCUCCUAGUGCAGUAUGUUUAAUCCAGCAUCCUGUUGGUCUGACCUAGCAAAGCUUUUUCUUUUCUUUUGGCUCGUUUUACUGGCAGUAGCAGCCAUAUGCUGCACAAUUAGAGUCAGAUGAAUUCGUUAAUUUCAGAGAUAAUAUAUUAUUCAGAAAAGGUGAAGCUGAGUAUGCCCCCAUUACUCUUCUUUUCAUGUAGAUUUAAAUCCCUUAAUCUAUGACAAUAAUUCUUCAUGUCCUUGAGCAAAGUACUUUUGGUUACCUUUUCACAUAUAGAACUUUGCAAUUUAGUCAUGUACCAGUUGGGGGAGCCAGUGUAUAACUCAUGCCACUAUAAAGCACUCGCUUCUCCCUGAGGAUUUACAGUUGCUUUCACCAAAACUGAAAGUUAACCUCAGCUGCACGUUUUGGAAAAGAGAAGUUUAUUUAUAAAUACAGCAGAAGGUAUCACAAUUUUCUGCAUGGAUGUGACAUGCGUUUGAAUAUUUCUGCAUCGAUUUUUAAUUAUCUAUUUUUAAAGGAGAGAACUUUUGUCUACCAAAAUUAGUUUCGAGGAAUGAGCUAAGAAUUGUGGAUCUUUAAGCAUUCUGCUGCUUAAAUGUCAAAUUCUCACCACUGAGCAAAACUAUUCUGGCUCAGAAUUAUUUUUGCACAGUUCUGUUUCCAGCAGUAUUUCUGCUGCAAAAGCCUUCCUCUGCUGUGAUGCAAGUGCAGAGGUCAAUAAUGAGCUUCCAGGGUGUUAUGCUGCCUUUCCUACUAGUCUUAUUAAACCUCUCAGCAAGCCAAGAACUGCCUUUUUGCUAAUGUCUUGAACACAUGCUUUGUUACUCAGUUUUGAAAAGAACACAAUUUACUGUUACUACAAUAGCUGUGACUUUUCAAUACCUAUUUUGUCAUGUCCAGGUUGCUUCUAGGGUAGGUGCCUCAUUACCCCAACUUUUUUUAUUUGAAUUCAUAUUGUUUAGUCAUUACAACAUGUGCACCCCACCAGCAACUAGUUAAAAUUUAUGAAGUACCUUAGGCUGUAGUCCUGCACCCACUUAUCCAGGAGUAAGCACUGUUGAAACCAAUGGAGCUUACUUCUGAGUAGACAGCAAAGUUGAAUCUGUUGAGAACUUGCAUUUUACCAGCAGAAUAAGCUCAUGUAUACAAAAGGCAUACAUGGGAUAAUAUGUCUGUCUGUACAUCUUGGCGAGUGCCACAAACAUUUCCCCCUUGUCAUAAUGAAGUUUAUUCAGCUUCCCUGAAUGGUUACAUUUAGCAUCAUGCAGCAGAUCUCAAAAUAAAGCUGGAAUUUGCAAAAUCCCAAACGAACUUGAGGCCUGUUUGUGGUUUUCCAAUGCUUUAGAGAUAAUUUAUUAGAGCUGCACUGAUUUAAUGCUCUUUCCAAGAUAACUAUAGAUAUCUGGCACAGACCAGUUUGAGAAUUACUGGUAACUGGAGGGUAAGAAGUUGGAUAGCGGUUUGGCUAUGCAGUCUCUAUUCCUUUUUGUUGACAGCUCUGCUGGCGAUCCUGCUUUUUUGUUCCCUUUCUGUGUUUGCUCUGCUACAUUGCCUCCUGUUGCUGAGGUAGCACCCACUUUUGCUACUGGGCAGCACACAGUGCUACUCACUGGCUGAUGGUCAAAUCAGACAGAACCACUAAAAGACUUAUUCGUUGCGUUUCUAUCCCACCUUUUCCUUCAGGGAGCUCAAGGCGGUGUACAUAGCUCCCUCCAUCUUUAAUCCCCACAAUUGGCUCGGAGGCAGUGACUGGCCCAGUGAGCUUCAUGGCCGAGUGGGGAUAUAAACCCUGGACUCUCAGGUCCGAGUUCAACACUCUAACCACUUCACUGUCCCGUGUUCUGACCCUGUAUGGACUUCCAGAGAAACAGCCAAUGAAUAUUGUGUGGGAAGGGGGCAAUGAGCCGCUCUGUGGGAUGCAGUACAUUCACAUGAUUGUUUCUUCUUCCCAUUUAAUGAUUCUGGGCCAUUGGCCAGGAGUCCCUGCCCGAAGUUCAUUAGGAAGACCUGAAAUCUGCUGCCCAACCGUUAUAGGCUGUUCAUGCGGUACCUAACACUCAAAACCUGUUUUAAAACUGUUAGUUAAAUAUUGAUUUCUAGCCUCUCUGGCGCUUUAUUUUUGAGAUUUGUGGAGCAAAUCACAUUGGCACUUUGCAAACACUGUGUAUGGCUCCAGGCCCAUGCUUUUCUUACAUUUCAUUUUAAUCUUGGCUCAUGUUGUUGUCCCUGUGCUAACAUGUCACUCAGUUCCUAGAUCAACAGAAAGUUCUGUUCUCUAUGAAUGCUGAAUUUGUACAACUUCACUCCAUACACAUCUAUGAACCAUUAGACUCUCCAAUACAUUAUCUCCCUAUAAGAAUGAUAUAUAAAACAAUGUUUUGAAGCAGAAUUGUGAAUUUGGUGGGUUUUGCUUCUGUGGUAAGAAAUCGGAUAAAAUUAACAAGAUGUCUAGAACUGUUUUUGGGUGGUAACAUGUAGUGUUACAGAAAAUUAUUUAAAUAGGUAUGCAUUUUGCUGUUUUGCAUAAUUUAUUUGGCUUUUCCUAGCCAGGCAGGAUAAAUUAAGAACUACUGGCAGAGCAGUGCUGCUUUACAAACCUGCCUACUUGAAGCCCUGCUCUCAAACCUUUUGUUUCCCCAGACUGCUGUGUUUUCAAACUAGAAGAUCUAGCAACUUACAUUUUUGUUGUUUAAAACAUUUAAAGCAGAGAUGCUGAGGACCUGAAUUCUAUGCCACAUGCAGAAUGCUUGGUGGGUGCAGCCAUAGACAUUAAACCAUACACAGGGAGAGCCAUGAAUACAGGAACCUAGGGGAGCAGCUCUUGUUGUGAGGCUAAAAUGUGGAGGAGAUCAAUACAUGCCACCCUGAGCUUCUUGGAGGAGAUGGGAUGUAGGUAAGAAGUCAGGACAUAGCUACACCUAGAACAAAACACAAUCUCCCUAUCGAACUGUGAUUCUUUGAGGGGUAUUGGGAUACCAAACAGCUCCCUCUGCAAACUACAAUUCCCACAUUUUUUGUGGUGGAAACAUAACCGUUAAACUGUUGCAAAACUGUUGUAUGUUUGCAGUGUAACUAUGUGUUUUGUCUUUGCUACAUUCAUAGUUUUUUUUGGGGGGGGGUUGCUAACCUCCCCCUUAUUUGUAGGGUUUCAUUGCAACUGAACAAAAUAUUUUGAAGUCACUCAGUCACCAUCACCACACAAAUUAGAUAAUGCAGGAAGUUUGUGUACUGUUUACAAGAGAAAACCUUGUAACUUAUUCUUAAAGUCUUAUAGCUCCUGGGUAGGAAUGAAAACAACUUAUUCAUUAGAGAGGAUCAAGGCAUAUAGCACCAAUACAAGACAAAAAAUAGUGCUCCUUGUAAUAUGUUAUGAUCCCGUAGUUUGCAUCCUCCCUUUCUAAUUAUUUUUCAGUGCGCCCCAUAUUGUAAUUGCAUGUCACAAACAUACUCAACUAAGUCAACAUAAGGGUGGCGCUGUGGUCUAAACCACAGAGCCUAGGGCUUGCCGAUCGGAAGGUCAGCAGUUCGAAUCCCCACGACGGGGUGAGCUUCAGUUGUUCGGUCCUAGCUCCUGCCCCCCUAGCAGUUCGAAAGCUCAUCAAAGUGCUAGUAGAUAAAUAGGUACUGCUCUGGUGGGAAGGUAAACAGCAUUUCCGUGCACUGCUCUGGUUUGCCAGAAGCGGCUUAGUCAUGCUGGCCACAUGACCUGGAAGCUGUCUGUGGACAAAUGCCAGCUCCCUCAGCCUAUAGAGUGAGAUGAGCGCACAAUCCCAGAGUCGUUUGUGACUGGACCCAACAGUCAGGGGUACCUUUACCUUUACUUUUAAGUCAACAUAACAGUAUUGGGAAAGAAAGAAAAAAUAGAGGGGACUGCGAGGAGAGGGAAAGGAAGUUUGCAAUCAGAAACAGCCAAUUCUGUUCCUCCUGGGUAGACCACUUGUUUGGAAAAAUAAAUGAUUAAUUACCCUUUAACUCACGUUAAAUUUAACUCACAUUUAACUCACAUUAAAUGCCAGUAUAGCCUUUUCAGAUGACUUGCUGGGACUCCCUCCUCUCCCUAUGGUACGUUACCACUUUGCGUAGAGCAAGCAAAGAAAAACCCUCUCCGUUAAACGUGCUGACAGGCCAUUGUUACCUUAUUAAACCAGACACUGGCUUUCCAUACAAAUGUCUCUCAUCACAAUUGCCUGUAACUCCUGGGAGUUUCCUUUCCUUCAACUCCCUUUUAAAGGCCACUUCCCCAAUUAAUAUAUAUCUCCUUUUCUUUUUAAAAAACUUCUAAUGCCUAAGUACCCAAGUCUUAUUGAAGUGUGGCCACUGGAAGACGUUGUAGUCUUCUCGGGGUAACGAAAGUCCCCAUCCGUUUCAUAAAAAGGAGGCUGUUCUAAAGGCAUGCACGACCAAGCAGCAGAAGUACACAGCGGGCAGUUGGGACUUGGAAGCCAUAAAUAUGCAAGAGGUGUUAAUAUGUCCCCUCGGUGGAAGUCGCAUGCUGAGAAGCGCCAAGCACCCAGCACCGUUCCUGCAUGUGGUAAUGGUGGGGUGUCACCACCACUUCUGCCCCUGACUUGCAUUAUCCCAUUAAUCCCGACUCAUGCUAGGAUUCCUUGGAAACGGCGCACUUAGCUGAAUAAUUUAUGGCAUGUCUCUCAAUUAUUUAUGCCUUCUUAUUACAACUGAAAUGAAAUCUAAAGGUGGAAGGAACUCUGUAACUUAUGAAUAUCUAAGAGACAAUCAGCGGAUUGCUGUGUAGUUAAAUCCCUGCGUUUGCAGGGCCUGUUUGUUUCUCUGAAGGUAUUCCAAAGAGAACAUUCCGCUGAAGCUGAAUCGAUUAAUACAAUAACAAAUGGCUCCCUGCUGGUUGCGCUGCAUUUGUUCAUCUAAUCAUGCUGCUUGCCUUUUCUUCGAUGGCAUUGAGUUCUGAAAAUAAAAUUAUAUAUAAUGUAGAAAGAGACGGAGAGAGAGGAGGCGGAAGAAUAGAGGGAGAGAAAGCUCUUUUCAGGUCAUAGGGUGUUUAUUUGUUUGAACAAAUAUGCUCUUGCUAUAACCUUUUAGAUAGGAAUUUCUUUAGUUUCAGCACGUAUGAAUUUCUUUAUACAGUGUCAUUGUCUUUCUGGAAUAGGCUCUUUUUUUUGAGGGGGGCGGGAGUUUAAUUUACCAUAGCUGACAUCCAUCAUGCCCAGGGAUAAUAAACAUGACCCCUGCAGAAUUCAUAGACUUUGUUUCUGAGGUGACAAAGUGAAUUAGCCACCUCCUUGUUAGCUGAUAAAGGCAGAGCCAACGUGUCUCUUUGUGAACUCCAGUUACAUUAUCAGAGAAAAUGUGGAGUGCACCUUCACAUCAAGGCCUCUCCGAGUGAGGUGAGAAAACCACUCUGUACAGACCUUACCACCUUGCAUGUGUGCGAAUUAGAUGUUCAUUCUUAUGUCAAGUGAAAGAGACAGGGUGGGGUUGGAGAAUGCUCAUCAGUUAUCAAGGGAGCAAAGUCUGACCAUGUGGACUCUGGUUUAAGCCCAUGAGAAGUUUCAGGGGACCCAAAUGAUAGGAUUGCUUCAUUGGUCUUCUAACAGUGUAAAUCAGCUGGAUGAGCAAGGAAUCACACACUGUCUGUUAAAAAAAAUACCGUAAAUCUCUCAAGUGAAGGCAUAAAGUUAUCAGAUAAUUUAAAAAAUGGAUGGUUAGCAAAGGCUGCAUUCCCUUUUGGGCAAAUCUCUAGAGGUCACAUGCCAGUUGUGGGUGGGGACAGAGGCAAAAGUAGGCAGAGCAAUGGAUGUACAUAUUUUGUGCAGCAGGUUGUUUUCUAUACUGAUCCCCCUCUCUAUCAUCCAUCUAGGUAAGCAAGAAGUAUAUAUUAGAGUUUAUGAACACAUUCCAGCUAGGCAAAAAGACUCGAAGAAGUUGCAAAGGCCUGUGGGGGAGGAGGGGGUGUAAAUUGGGGAGGGUCUGAAGGGCCAGUCUGAAGGCCUAGAGGAUUGAAUCUGGCCCCUGGGCUGGAGGUUCCCUGCCCUGGAUUUAGAACCUCAUCCCUGUGCUAUGAUUAGCAUCCAAAAGUUCUUGCUCUGUCUGUGAUCCUUUGGAGAAGCAAAGCUACAUAAGGAAAAUGCACUUCAUAGUGUACAGUGUGGAUUUACCCCAAAAAAACAACAACACUUGAGUGCUUUGAAAAACUGCUCUUAGAAGAAAUGUUGACACACCCACACCUGCCCCACAUCCUGACUACUUGCUUACUUCUGAUUAAUUUGUUGGAUUUUGUUUUCCUAGAAAUUUGGAUAGGCAUCCAAAUGAGCUAAGUCUCAUCUCAGUCUCUGAUAUCCUUUUGCUGAUAUGUCACAAACUCAUUCAUUUCCCAGAGCAAGGAGAAUUUGUCAGUUAACUUGUUGCUGUGACAAAUAAUGUCAUUGUUCCUCAUCUGAAAGAAGUUUCAAAGCUCCAUUUCACUGUUUUUAUUCCUCUACACCACUGGUCACAUCCACUAAACCUAUUGAAUGUUUGUGCCAAUAACCUGUUAGAUGACUGUACAGUCAGAAGUUCAGCAAAGUGAUUAAACUUCCCACAGUAGACAAAGUGUAGCAGAGGUUGUUUUAUUUAGUAAACGCAAAAUACACUAUACACAGUUGUUUUGAGAAGGCUUCUCUCUCUGAGCCCAGAGAGGGCUUUCAAAGUCCUUGCUUGAAGUUCUCAGCAAGUCCAAAGUUUCCAAAGUCCUGCAACUUUAGCCUUCUGUUUGUUCUUCACAAGUCUUUCCAGUUCUGUCUCCAACAAUCCUUCUCCAUAAUUAUUCACACUUCUCCACCACAGAAAGCUGUAAUUGGAGCAUCUGAUAUAGGCCAGCACUUCUUGCCAGUCUGCACAGCAACAUAAAUAAUCAAUCAAUGAGACAGUCACAAGUACUCUGCAGCUGCAGCCUGGAAAAAUAACCCUUUUGGAGAGUUAUCAUUUAUUGAAAAUUAACUCAUUCCUUGGCAAGCCCCUCCCUUCAUUCAUAAUACUACAUCCAUAAUAACUUCUGAUCAGAACUUGUCUUCAUAGAAACGGUAUUACUUACACUUUAGAUGAUUCUGGAUCCUUAUAGUUGCAGGAUCACAGUGGCGAGGUCAGGGCGAGAGAGGUAAGGGACCAACUGCUUAGCUUGGCGGAGAUGAAAAAAUGCCGCCUUUUUAUAGCUUUAACCUGUGCCUCCAUAGAAAGGGAGGCGUCAAAGAUUACACCCAGAAGGCACUGGCACUAGUUGCGCCCCCACAAGGGAUGGGAGUUGGCCCCCCAACCCCAUAUCGUCUCGACCCAGCCAAAGGACCUCUAUCUUUGAAGGAUUUAACUUCCGUCAGCUCCCACGUAGCCAUCCAGCCACAGCUUCCAAACAUCUGAACAGUGUGUCUGAGGCCGAGUCAGGGUGGCCGUCCAUCAACAGAUAAAGCUGGGUGUCAUCAGCAUACUGAUGACAGCCCAAACCAAAAUUUCGGACGAGCUGGGCGAGGGGGCACAUAUAGAUGUUAAAAAGCAUCAGGGAGAGAAUUGCGCCCUGCGGUACUCCACACACCAAGGAGUAGCAUGAUGACAACCCCCCCCCCGUGCCACCCUCUAUCCCUGACCAGAGAGGAACGAGCGCAGCCAUUGAAGGGCUGCGCCCCGAAUCCCCACAUUGGGGACAUAGUAGAUCUAUGUUGGAGGCCAGCUAUGGUUACAACUUAGCAGGUUUGCCCAAAACUGUGGUUUGCAAACCCGUUUCAAAUAACGUUUUUGCCCUAAUCAUAGUUGACUCUAACCAUUGUUAUCUCCAGUACAGACAUUUCAUUUACAGUACAGAGGGUAUCAUUUGCACAGAGAAGGGUUCCUGCGUCUAUGCAGCACCUUCCCAGUCUACAAGCCAUUCCUGAUCUCUACAAAGCUAUAUUUCAUGAAACACAGUCUUCCAAAAUACCUUGUAAACACAUUGUUUAGCCCUUGACCCUGAAACCCCCAGAGAAAACUUUGUUUUCCAUUGAAAUUAGCAGUGACUGGCAUGUGUGACAUUUAAGCUUGAAAAGCGAGGCAAGCUCACAGUGGCGGUAAUGAUUCUGGGUCCACAGACAAGCCAGAGGAAUAAGGAAUGGCUUGAAAACAACUUUAUCAGAGUCUCUAAGACAAAUCUGCAACAAACUUGUGCAGCAACUUCUAGGCCUUUGGAACAGCCUGGAUCAUGUGACCUUAGGACAAGUCACCAAAUUACCAGCUUCUUAAUACUAAAAGACUUCUCUCAUUUAUAGGCUCUGUUAUCACAUCUUCCCCUUAAUUAUUAGACAAUAACAAUAAAUAAAUAAAUAAAUAAAUAAAUGACAAUUUUGAAACAUAUGGAUUGAAAUUACUGAUUAAAAUGCACUAUCCACAGAAAAUGAGUUAUCUUUGCCAGUUAAUUACACUUUGCUAAUUCAUACUUAUUUACAAGUUCUAGAAUUUUUAUCUUCCUAGUAGAAUGCUUCAGUGUUCAUCAUGGGUCACUAUGGGCCCUGCUGUCAAAUUCUUCUUGAUAGCAUCAUCUGAUAGAAGCUGGAAUCAGUACUUUCGGAUACAUCUGAGGGAUAUCCUGGAAUGGCUUAUAUGUUACAAUGGUUAUGGGACAAUAAAUUGACCCUGGCUGCGGUGCCAGAUUACCAGAUUGGCCUCUGGGCCUCAUGCCUUUUAGGGGUCAACGGAUCAAAAUAAUACUGAUUUGAUCUUGAAAGAAAAUUACAAUCAAGUUUUCUUAGUUGAAUGUUAUUCCAAUAGAGCAUAUGCACAAGGGCGGCGGGGGGGUGGAGAGCAAGAUUUCGACUGCCAUGGGGCCUCCACGGGGUUUAAUCCAGCACUGCCUGCCUGUCUGUAUUCCAUAAGACUCUGGAUAUGGCUGUUCUACAACUGUCCCAUUCUGGUCUCAAGUACAGUGGUACCUUGGUUCUCGAACUUAAUCCGUUCCAGGAGUCUGUUUGACUCCCAAAACCAUUCGAAAACCAAGGCACAGCUUCCAAUUGGCUACAGGAGCUUCCUGCAGCCAAUCGGAAGCCAUGUCGGACUUUCAGCUUCCAAAAAACAUUUGCAAACCAGAACACUCACUUUUGGGUUUGUGGCAUUCGGGAGCCAAUUUGUUCAACAGCUAAGCCAUUCAGGAACCAAGAUACCACUGUAUAAGAACAAUUCCUCAGGCAUACCCUGUCCCCUGAUUUAAAUUCUGGAACAUCACAGGCUGCCUUGUCAAAUGAUUUUUAUUUUUAUUUUGUUUCAGUUUUUGGAUUCUCUUCAUCAUCUUGAUAUUACUGUUGUCGUUAAACUGUAGUAAAUAAUCAGUUAUGGGCAAAUAAACUAACAUGGUUUCCCAUCAGAGUUGCUCAGAGGACCUAAAGAGAUAGGUGAGAGCUAUUCUGAUGGCUUCUAUUAACCAAGUGAGUGUCAUUCUAACGGCUUCCAUUGUCAUCAGCUGAUCAAAAUGGAAUCAGGUUCAGAUCCCUGAAUCCAAAGCGACAGAGAUGGGCACCGUGAGGUGUGAAGUUCAGUUAACAUGACUGAUCCCGAAGAAGCUGGCAGAGAGUUUUCUUUACUUUGUGAAUCUUUUUCCUGAAACAAAACAUUACUUUGAUGAGACAGCCUGUGACCUUCCAGCAUUUAAGCCAGAAAACAGGAGAGCAAUUCCAAGAGAUUCAUAGAGCUUAAAGCCAGUAUUAUCUGUCUGUCAGACUAGCCCUACAAACAAAUCCUGGUAUUCCUUGGUAAGUGGCCAGUACUCAUACACAGCAAUAUUUCACAGGCUGCUAGACCUAGGAUGGAUGUCACAUUCUUGGGUACAAUAAGGAACAAAUGCCACAUUUUAGUUUUCUCACCUUCAGCAUCCCCGGUUAUUAUAAAUGGCCUCUCCCGCAUCAUGUAAAAAUAAAAUAAAAUAAAUCGAUAAUUUGAUCUUACCAGGUUUCUCUUCCUAUGGUUAUUCAACAUACCCAUGUUUAUCAGAAUUCAGAACUGCUUUCACUGACUCCACUGUGCAUCCAGAAAACUACUUCCAAUAUAAUUCAGCUGAUUCCUCACUCUGCACUUCUGGGUCCACAGGCAAACGAGAGGCAUGAGGAACGGCUUGAAACUACUUUAUUCUUUGGAGCUUCUGCGACAAAGCAUGUGCAGCAAUUUAUAUUCCUUUGGAAGUGUUUGGAUCAUGUGACCUUAGGGCAAUCCCUCAAACUAGCAGUUUCUUAAAACUAAAGGAAUAUCUAUAAAUUAAAAACCCUGUCAUCAUUGCAGUGGCUCAUGGAUAAAACAGCUCUGAACUGUAGAUGGCAGUGAUGUAACAUCAAGAGUGCCUUCCAAGAAUUGCUAUACACAUUCUGUGUUCAGCAAUGCUCCUAAUAAUUAUUUUCCGAGUCUGCAGGAAUUUUUAUUUUAAUUAAACUAUAAAUAUUUAAGUUUCGGUUUAAGGGGAGGAAAGAGCUUUAAAAAGGUAAUCAAAGUAUUUAUAAUUUUCCUCGGAGAAAAGUACAAAUGGGCUUAAGAGAGAGGCGUUAGCAGGAAGACUUUUUUUAUCUUUAUUACUCAUGCUUGUUCAAAUAGUUCAGUGUCCAUUCUUUCCUCCAUCUGUAGAUUAAGGACUUUAUUUUUCAAGAUAAUUUCCCUGUACUAACAGGAAAACUUCCUACUUGAAAAACUUAAUGGGGAAAAAUACAUCAAGUAAAAUUGAAUUUCUUUUGUACGUGGAUUUAUCAGCUUCAGUAGCUUGGAGGGAAUAACAAGCAAAAUAUUAACAAUAUAUCUGAAAUGAACCCUUAUUUCCCAUAUUAGAGCUUCCUUUUCCACAGGAAAAUGCUUGAACUCAAGCUUGGGUGAACCUCAGAAGGGACUGAGGUUCUACUUUUAUGCCUCACACCCCAUAAUAUGCAUAUAGUAUGCGUAAGAGGCAUUCACAAUUGAGCAUAGAAAUCAUGAUAGAGAAAGAGGUUCUCACUUAAUGUGUGGGCUAUGUAGGGCCAUAGCAUUUAAUUCCUUUAUUUUGUACUGGUGUUUGUUUGUGGCUGGACCAAGGUUGGCUUUUCCUUAAAAUUAAGUAUAUGUUUUGCACUGUGGUGGUUUAUGCCUAUUAUUAUCAGUUAGCAAAAGUGCUACAGCUUGUUUACAAGGAAUUCAUGGUGAAAAGCAGGAAUAAAACUUUCCUUGACAGAAAAAAUGCUGUGGAUAUAUUGCCGUCCAUCACCCUCUCAACAAAUGUCCAAGAACAGCUGCAGCAGCUUCUCAGCAUGGAAUGUCAAUCUGUAAACACCCAAUUUAUAGACUGUAAAGUGGCUUUCUGCACAUAAUGGUGUCAUAUGUAUAAUAGUAUUUUGCAGAGGGAAGUAAACAACUUACAAUCAGUGUUAAAGUGACAGAUUUAUGACUAGACUGUUGAGUUUCUUGCUAAUAAAAAUAAAUUAUCAACACCCUCCCAAGUGCAAACAAGUAGAGAAAAUGAUGUUUUCCCAUGUGGAAUUAUCUUGCAUUUGUCAAAAAGAUCUGAGGCUUUUAAUGCCACAUCUAAUGAAUUAAAAUAUUCUUAGGUAAGAUUACUAUUUACAGAAUUUAUUUAGGAAACUUUCCUGCUUGCUUUAUCAGAAUUCAUGUAGGUUUUCUCAACUUUAUAGAACACACAGCUCACUUUGAUCUAGUGAAAUGGUUGCUAGAUUUAAGUAAUAUGAACUUGAGGUGUAUAUCAUUAUCUGUCUAUCUAUCUAAAUAAAAUCCCCUCUAGUCCCAGUUGCUCAUGGUAGAUCAGGAAUAAAAUCUCCUGUCCUGACUCUCCCCCUCAGGCCCAGAACCCAAACCAAAACCAUGGCUGGAGAUUCUGAAAGUUUUAUUAAUUCAGUAAAGCCUUCCAACAUGGGUCUACAGGUUACAGCUAGGUAAAGCAUGGCAGUGUCAAAUGAUAAAUGUCUAGGCUUGGCUAAAAUGUUGAUCAAACCGCCUGUGCUCUCCUUUUGAAGAGCAGGGUGAGCACAGCUACUUGCAUGGUUGACAUCACGAGCCUCAGGGGGUGCCUUCUUGCCUCCUCCCCAAAGCCUAGUAAGAGCCUCAUUUGGGAAGGAGGUGUGAGGGAAGGAGCUGUGCAAGGCCAAAAUUUGACUCCCAUCCCCCCAGCCCUCGCAGUGGCUUCCCAAAGCUGGGUAAGGGAGGCACUGGGCUUUGGGAAGGAGGUGAGAGGGCUCUGACAGGGUCCUAGAGUCCUCCCAACUUCUUCCCAAAGCCUAGUUAGUGCUUGCCCAGAUGUGGGAAGGAAACAGGAGGGCUCUAGGACCCUGUCAGAACCCUCUCACCUCCUUCCCAAAGCCCAGUGCCUCCCUUACCCAGCUUUGGGAAGCCACUGCGAGGGCUGGGGGGUUGGGAGUCAAAUUUUGGCCUUGCACAGGGCACCAUAUUACCAAGGUCCACUGCCAUCCAAGCCUUUGCUUAGAACUGAGGAGGUGCAAGCGCCUCUAGUGAGCCAGCUUUUUUUGCACAGUCCCAGUAAGCCAUAGUUAGCUUUACCAUCAUGUGUGAACUAGGGCAGUGUGGCCUACUAAAUGAGAUGCUGGAGUCAAACCUGAUUGACCUGAGUUUGAAUCUCUGCUGAGCUAAGGAGUUACUGACUGUUGUUGAAUAUGUCAGUGUCUCUCAGUCCUUCAUUUAUGCAGUCGAAAUAAUAUGGACUUACCUUGGAAGUUUGUUACAUUGCUGAACAAGGAUUAUACAUGGUACAUUGAAAGUGCAAGUAUUGAAAACCAACAGAUACCUUGCAAAAGCCAUGAGCUUUUAUAAGCAAGAGCCAUUCAUCAGGUAGAUGGUUCAAAUUGGAUUCCAUAAUGUACAUUUUUGGACAGUGUUCUCGAAGCUACAAACAUGAGUCUGACCAAACUGUGGGAGGCAGUGGAAGACAGGAGUGCCUGGCGUGCUCUGGCCCAUGGGGUCACGAAGAGUCGGACACGACUAAAUGACUAAACAACAACAAUGUACAUUUUUAAUAAUCAAAAUAGCAGGGGCACAAACAUAGCCUGCAGAAUUGGGAAAUGGCGGUAGGAAUAUGUGUUGAAAGUCUCUUGUAAAAGUUGUUGAUAUGUUGAAUGACAGUCCCCACUGAUUAGAUGGUUUUUUAAAUUGUGCCAUAUUACAAUUUUUGUUCAUGGGAGUUAUCUUCUGGGGCACCCCCUUGGAAAUGAUGAUGGUAUAGAUAGGAGUUUUUGUUUGCAAAUAUGUGCUCUUCCAGAUGGCUCUGGUUUUGAGGACUUGAAGACUUCAUGUCAAAGGCAGAGAGGUUCACAAUUUGUUUUGUGUGUCCAAUAGGGGGUUUAGAUCCAUUGCUUGAAAUUUAGGAAGUUAAUUAUUUAAUAAGUAUCUAGUAACAUCUGCCCAUCAUUACGAAUGAUUGUGCCACUUAUUAUGCAGGACCAUGCUAUUCCAAGUGGCUGCUUUUCUACUGCUUGUGGCAGCCUAACAUAGUCACAAUCCUGUUAUGUGCUCCUCUAGCUGCGAAACAGAAAGCACAAAAAGUUCACUAGAAGAAGAAAGCUAAAGUACCAGCUACCACACGACCCGUGUAUGGGAGGCAUCAGUCCAUAUAGGGUGAUGGCAAAUGUUCUGUAUAAUAAUGCCCAAGUACCCUCUUUGGAAGAGACCAGUGGGUAGGAGACGUGAAAGGUGACAAGAAGCGCUUGAAUCCCACUGCAAUAUCAAGGAGUUCACACAAUGUUUAGAACAGCAGUUCCUUGACUCCUACCCCACCCCGCAAACCACUUGAAAAUUGCUAGCGGUAUUGGUGGAUCACUUAAAUAUUUUUUUGCCUGUUGUAGGAGUUGUAAUGUGCUGGACCAGGUGCUGUGUGGUUUUUAAUUGUAUUGUUAUUGCUGCUUUUAUUUCUUGCAUUUCAUUCCAUAGAAUCCCAAUUGUAAUACUGUACAAUAAAAUGCAGCGUAAGAAAUAAAAGGAGCAAUAAAAAUACAAAAAAAUAACAAUCUAUGUAAAUAUUUAAUGUAGACAUGCCAUGGGCCACCUGAAUGAAGGUCGCAGACCCCUGGUGGUCCAUAGACCACAGUUUGGGAACCCCUGUUUUAGAACACUGUACUAUACAACAUAUAUGCAUGUGUCUGUGUGAAAAGAACAAGCUUUUGGAAAGGGAAACUCAAGGACAUUGUAGAAUGCACACUACAACUGAAAGAUCACAGGAGACAACACUUUAUUUAGGUGAUAAAGGAGAUGGAAAGAGCAGUGCAAUAUAAACGUGGCCUCUGCAAGGCAAUCCCUAGCUUUGAGCUGAGGAUGGUGUUGCUGUUGGUAACAAUCAUUUUGGAUGGGGGGGGCAGGGAGGAAGCUAGAACUUAGCUUGUCCACAGCACACAUCUACACCCUAAUUACAUAGGUGCAGUUGCAGGCAGAAGAGGGACAAAUGCGGUGACUGUUAGUCUCCCAGGGACUAGCUUGGAGCACAUAUUUUUUCCUUCAUCCAGUCCUAUGGGUAGUAGAGACCUGGACUUCCAGCUAACGAGGCCAGUACUGAGCGGUCUCUUUGUGGAGAUGUACGAGAGUAAAACUGUAAGUUGGGAUAGCACUGUUGCGCUCAGUCCUGCUUGUGGGCUUUGCAUAGGCAUCCAGUUAGCCGCAGUGAGAACAGGAUGGUGGACUACAUGUGACUUUGGCCUCAUCCAGCAGGACUCUUGAAGAAGGUAUUUGCAUGUCCAGAGUAAUCAUGCACCACGGUAUGCAUACCUAACAAGAGUGUCCCAAUAUAAAUCAAGGUCAGCAAAUGCAAACUAGAGCACUCUUGCCUUGGCUGUCCUUUUCCCAGGUAAAAUGAGGAUAACUGAAAUCAAGAUGUUAUAAGGGAUACAAAAAAACAACAGUAAGGCCGAGCUCCUUAAGAACAGCCCUUGUUUUAUUUUGUUCUCCUAGCUAUCGGGAUUGUUGUGCUUUUUCACAAAGAGUUGCAUGGUCUUUCCCCAUGCUAGUCUGCUCAGUCACUGAGAUCUUCACCUGAGACUUUAUUCUGGUUGCUACUGCUUUUUGAGGUAGAGCGAAUGGUGAGCCUUUUUGGUGGUGGCACCGUACCUUUUGGAAUGUCCUCCCCAGGGAGGCUCACUUGGCGCCUUUCUUGACAGGCCUUCCAGACACUCCAUACUUUUAAAGCCACAACCUGUUUUAGGUUGUUAGAAAAACAUUAUUAAGUUGUGGCAUUUUUGCUUUAAAUCUUAUCUGCCCUGGCGUACUCGGAUGCUGAAGGUGUAGCUUAUAAAUUUAACACACGUUUUCCCAUCAGCAAAGUUCCUGCUUGUGCUUUCGUAUGCUUGGCAUCUAUAGUCAUGGGAGCACUGCAAUACAGCCCCAUGUCACACAUCUAUAUAAGUAAACUACGGUAUGUUCUUUUGCUGCAGCGAUCUAUAUACUCUAGUCUAAGUGCUGUGCUGCUUGUUGGAAUCUUAUGCUCAAACAAGUGCAUGAACGUGAAGGUUCAGUGAGUCAGUGGGUGUGUUGUUACCCGCACUGCCUCUCACUGACCUGAUGUUACACUGGCAUCAGAGGGGCAGGAACGCCAGACCCCUGAGUGAACAUAGGAUGCCAGCUCCUCCCUGCCCUGCCCAAACUCCAAACAUUCCUCUCCUCUUCAUAGUGCUGCCAAUCUAGUGUUGUUUUUUUUUGCAAAUGGUGGUUUAUGACCAGUGCAGUGGUACUGCAAUGUGUGUUUGAAUUCACUGCACCAGCUUACUGUUUUUUGCUGGCCAAGGGGAUUUGUCUUAUCCGGCCCAACAGGGAUAGGAGUUUUCUGCCUGUGUAAUAUGAUGAAACCAUAGCAUGCAUUCAUCAAGGUUGCUUAAUCAAGACAAAAAUAUUUGAUUCCUACCCACCUCUCCCACAUUAAUCCCUCAUAAAUCUGUUUUCUUUUGAAUGAAAAACUAGUCUUUCCCAUAAUAACCAGAAUUCAUCAUUUAUGUCACUGCUCCCUCCCACCCCCACCCCCGUUAAUGCAUCAGUCUUCUUUUAAAUUUAUAGCAUAUGCCCUCAGACAUCCUCUGAUGAUUAAUCUCCUUACCCAAGCAAGGCCAAUUGCAAUCCAUUUUUAAAUGGACUUUCUGUUCCUACAUAUUGAUUGGCAAUCAUGUAGCAAAUUUACAUUUGACUUGGCAGUUAAUUUAUUAUUUCCACAACAUUCUACACUCUGAAUAAUAGAAAACACUGCCAAAUAAUGUGUCAGCAUUGCUGGCUCCCGCAAUAUUAGCAUAAGUCCUUGUCCACUAAUCUACCUUUGCAAAAGGAGGAAAACAGCAGACUUCUGGAAAUCUUUAAAAUUGGAGCUCUGCUCAGGUGGUCCCACUUAAGAGCCUCUAUACCAGAAUUUAUGAUUUUUUGUAUCUCACAAGAGCAUAAAAUGAGAAGAAGAGCCCUGGAAAAUCAAACAAAAAGCUAAUCUAGUCCCCUUUCCCACAGUAGCCAAACAGAUACAGCACAUGAAAGCUGUACCCAUCCCCUGCUGUUGUUCCCCAGUAGCUGGCAUUCAGUGUAGUUUUGCUCGUUUCUGAUCCUGAAAGUAGCAUAUAGCCAUUACAACUCAUAGCCACAGAUAGCCAUCAUGAAUUUGUCAAAUCCCCCUUUAAAGCCACCUAAGUUAGUAGCCUUCAUCAUAUCUUAUAGAAUCAUAAAAUUGUAGAGUUGGAAGGGACCCCAAGGGUCAUCUGGUCCAACCUCUUGCAAUGCAGGAAUCUCAACCAAAGCAUCCAUGGAAGAUGGCCACCCAACCUCUGCUUAAAAACCUCCAAGGAAGGAGAGUCUGUAAAUAAAUUUCUGCAGUACUGAAGUACUUCCUUUCAUCUGUCCCGAAUCUCCAGUUUCACUAGAUGUCAUGAACCCAAGUUUUAUUUUGACUAGAGUGGGAGAAAAACCUCUAUUUACGUUUCUCCAUGUCAUUUGAAAGUUGAAACGUUUUAUAAUCCUCCACAGUGCCUUCCCCUAUAAACUCUGCACCCUUCUCACAUAGGGAAGAUGCUUCAGUUCCCUGAUAAUCUUUGUUGGAUUAUUUCUCCAUCAAUUUAUUUACUGGAUCCGCCACUGCUUCGGUGCCCCUGGUUCCCACAGCCGAGAUCUCUAGGUGGUUCAGCCUCGGCUAGAUUUUGCUCAUCCAUCUUGUCUGAAAAGCAUCCACUAUGUACUUCAACACAGCUGACUUUCCUGGGGUACUUGUACUUUUCUGGAGAGUUACCUGUGCUUUCAAUUAUGGGUCACAGUGCCUAACCAGGACUGCACGGUAAGGCAUCCCAGGUUGUAUCAAUGACUUGUGCAGGGUCUACUGCUCUGAGCUUUAGGUUUGAUGGCACACAAAUAGGAUCCAUAGCAAUCAUAGAAAAAUCCAAGAUUAAAAAAAGAUGGCUUUACAGUAGAUAUGGUUCUCAGCACAUUUCCUAAAAAAAAUUAAUUCAAAAGUUAGAAUACAGCUUUGUCCACUGCCAUAAUAUCACAGAAUGAUUACUCCAAUCCUCAAUCCCACGUCACUGUCAAUCCCACAUCACAUCAGGUUGACUAGACAUUUUCUAGGAAGCUCUUUAUUGAAGAAAGGGCUUAAUAUUUCUUGAUAAGAAUGGCUUGGGAUCAUUAUUCUACAACAGCUCACCUAAGUUUGCUAAGGGGUGUAAUAGAAAAGAUUCCCCAAACAGUGUUUGCCAAGACACAUUAAACAUUUCUUUUGAUAAAGAAUUUCCUCCUAUUGUGUUUGGAAACUUACCUGCUUUAUGUUUGGCACCCUUGCUGUAAACUGGGGUUGAAUGUUAGCUUGCUUGCAGGAUGGUUAAAAGGUUGGCUAUACAAUCAUCUGUUGCAUGUGACAGUGAGAGUUUAAAGCCCUUCAGUUAUUUUGCAACACAUCGUAGGUAGCAGCAGUGCUCGCUGUUUUAUUAAAUAAUACCCUUGUGUCUUUAAAAGAACUGUGUGUUCUACAUUCAUUUAAAUAAAGCUUUCAAAUGAACCAAGGCAGGAGUCCUGGGUGAGUCUGUGGAUGGAAGACCCUCUAAGGAACCUCACUGGCAGAGUUUGCUGCAGAUAGAACUUGGCAAUGACUGUCUCUCCCUGGGAUAUUAGCAUACGCUCCGCGCAGUCUUCUGAGCUUUGAGGCAGGGGCAGAUGCAGUGUACUGCUUAUAUAGGCCAGAUGCCAUUUAUCUUAAGGGAGCAUUCUCUUGGAGCAUUCUCAGCUUCCUUUUUGCCCUUCCUUUCCUAUUAGUUUGAUCUCUGAUUUUUAUUGCGCUAACUGCCCAUCACUUUUGGCUGCAGAGAUGAGUUUGACAGUGAUCGACAGCAUUCUGUCCUUUUGUAUUUCCACUGUUUCAGACAAUUCCAGAUCUCAAAGCAGAGCUGCAUUACAAGGUUUGUUUUUUAUUUAGUCAAGCAAAUAAUAAAUCAGUAGCAUAACACCCCAAGAAAAAGAGAAAGGGUGUGUAGAGUGCUUAGCCAUGGCUAUAGAAUGCCUCUCACCCUCUGCAAUGUAGGAAAACUGUGCUGGUCCCUAGACCUCCUUUACUGAAGUAGGAACAAUAUUCACUUACUCAAUAGAGUACAAAGAGGGGACAAAUCCACACUGCAGCAGCAUAGUGUAGGCUGCGGGUGCCUGGGGCAGGGCAAGUGUUGCCACCAUGCAAGGAAGCUGCCUCUGCAGUUUGUUCAUGCGCUGGAGCUCAGCAGAGGCACAGUGGUGCUGCUGCCGCCUUUCCUCCUUUCUUGCCCCUGGGUCUGGAGCUGGGCCGUCAUGCGAGGAACCCAGUUUCACCAAAUGUAUUUACAUGUACUCAAGUCUAAUCUGCUCGUGCCCCCACACUAGUUGUUGGUGCUUCAUGGUUUUAGUCAUGCUCAUAUUUGGAAAGCUAUUGAAGGGCGUGUGCAUACACACCACACAUAGUCUUUUCUGAGAAAAAAAUUGUUUCUUACUCCAAAAUGCAUUGAACAUAGUAUGUGCCAGUGUUUGUUGCUACCAAGUGCCCCAAAGUCCCAGUAGUUGUUCAGCAAAACGUUAGAAGAUGUUUCAGUGGUGCUGAAGCUCUUUUUAAAAAGAUCUAUUCCAAGCCAAGGUUUCUGCAAACUCAAGCCCAAGUAUCCUGGUUGGCUGGCUUGGAUUUCAGGUCUGGUGUCCAUACUUUACAGUGUAGCGUAUGCAUUGAUCGGUCGUCUUCUCCCUUGGCCAAAGAUGGUUUUUGGACCUUAGCAGAAUCAUUACAUCCUUCACUUUGAGGGACAGCACAUCCUGUUUUGCUGCUUGAGGCGAAACGAGAAGUGCCACACUGCCCUGCUGCUGCCGCCAGGUCCACCAUCUCUGCCACUCGCACCAGCCACUCUGCCACCUCUGUCAGUGGCAGAGAAGCGGUGCUGACUUAGGGGUAAGAUUCCCAUUGAUUUCAGGUGAGAUCUCUUGUGCUUAAUAAGAUCUAACACGAUUUCUCACACUUGAAAGCUGUUCUGUCCUUCCUAUUCGUAUUAUCUGAUGUUUUCUCUUGCUGCUGAUAUUUUGCAGUUAUAGUUACAAAUUGUAUUUUACUUCUGGGCUGAAUGUGUGCUUUCAUUACUGCUGGCUUUAUUAACGGAUGGAGGACUUUGGUUAUAAUAUGUUUUUCUAUUCUUGUGAUUAUUAAAAGGCAGCCUGUGAAUCUUUUAAAUAAAUAAAUGAAACCAAUAAUAUUUAACUUCAUAUGAAAAACAGAGUUGAACUAGGUGCACUUUCAAUUGCAGAAUUUACACAGAAGUAGACCUAGGGUGCAAUUAUUCUAAUUUAUUGUCACCUACAUAUGGUGGUAGUGAAAAACGUCUGCAUUUUUUAGCCACUUAACAUUUACAGUUUUAUUUCUGUAAACUAAAGCACCUCAGGGGGAAACAAAAGCACCUGGGGAAAAAAUCCCAAGAAAAGGAACUGAUUUUUACAAACUGGGUGGGGUUUUUUUACCUUUUCUUUGCCUUGGGCAACUGUCACACCUGCAGCAUUUAUUUAAAGCAUUCUUGUGUCACUUUAACAGAUAGGGAGAAUCCUGGGAACUGUACUUUGUUAAGGAUGCUGGGAAUUUUAGCUCAAUGAGGUCAGCAUCCUUAACAGAUUACAGUUCCAAAGAUUCUUUGGGGGAAGUGGUGUCAAUUAAAGUAGUAUAGGAGUGUUUUAAAUGUAUAGUACAGAUGUGACCAAUGUUUACCAACUGAAGUAGUAAAAAAAAAUUCCACACCGUUUUCAAGCAAUAUGCCACACAUAUGGCUUUAUUGGGGGACACUCCACGAUGCACUGAAUUAGAAAAAAGACCUUCAACAACUGUCUUAUGUCUUAGUUUCUGAUUAGUGUAAACAGUAAAAAUGUUCUGUGUGGUUUUACAGGCAAAAAAUGGUCCAGGGAACCAGAUUAAAAAGUGUUCUCCUGAGACAAUAUAAGUAUUUCGGACAUUCUACUGCUUCAAGACACAACAGAAGUAAGCUACCCCAUAAAACUAUCUAUGCCAUCUGUCCCAGAUUGCAUGUAGAAGUAACUACAAUUCUGAUACCAUAACAAUGCUUUUUCCAGUUGACGAUAGUACAAGCUGUCAGUUUGGUAUUGAAGUACCAUUGUGGAGCAGAAAACUGUGGGCUAAUUUAUAAGUGUACAGACUCUUGAUUUGCUAUCCUGUGAUAGAAUUUUAAUAAGAUAAACAUUUGUCAUGUUGUUUGACAGGUGAUGGCAGCAUCCAAAUCACUUGAGUGAAUUAGGUGACAAGUUGUCCUGGUGCGUCAGGUUUUCAGUGCUGUCUUUUGGUGCAUAAAGAUCUUGUAUUAAGUGAUAUUUAAAGAAGACUCAUUCUGUUUGACAGUUUAGUGACAUGAUCUGUGAGCAGGAAUAAGAAAUGUCAUGGUGUCAAGUCAAAGAUGAGAAGAUUGCUGUAGAUAUUACCUAUUUUAACAGCGCUGAGCAAGUCUGCAACGAUGUAGACAAGCGAAUUCCAUGUUUUAUUAUAAGAUUUCCAGAAGGGUUUUAGGCAGGUUGUAUGCAUAAAAAGAAAGAAAAUGUAUGCUCUGUUACUGGGUAACUGAUGUGUGAUGUUUGUAAGGAAAUACCUUACAGGGAUUUAUGAUAAUUCAUUUUUUCAAAACAAAUAAUUUGUGCUUCCUUUAUUAUUAUUUCUAUUGCUGUGAUUGUAUAACUGAGCAAUACUGAGUGGCGUUUAAAAUAUGAAAUGAUCUCAUCAUACAACUUGAGCUGAAAUUUACCUUUUGAUUUAUUUAAAAUAUUGAAAAUAUAUUGCUUUACUCUUCUAAAGCCCUAGUACAGUAUAAUAUUUCAUACAUAAACUCAUCAGAUUAUGAUAUAAAGCAGUAUUAUCCUUUAUGUUAUGAUUAUUUGCCUGAUUAAAAUACAUGGGGAAUUGUAGUUUGCAGUUCUUUUGCUAAACUUCUACCUAGCAGAAAUUUUGGUUGGCUCUUUAUCUGCCCUUUCAUUAAAUAACUAGCAAACCAUUAAUAAUGUUUGCACAGGAAAAAUAUAUAUUUAUUUCUGAGUUGGGUUCUUUAAAAAAAUCAUGUGUAACAUAGUAAAUGUUUCUGAUUAUCUGUUACAGAACUCACAUUAAGCUGUGCAUUUGCAGAAACAAUGAGCACUUUUCAAUAAAACAUUUACUAGCUUGGCAACCUUUUCUAUUUUGAAGAUACAUUUUGUUUCGGCUUUUAGCAAAUUGCUAUUCUGGGAGCCUUAAGUAAAUAAAUAAGCAGCUCUUCAUCCUCUUGGUUUACUUCUUUUCUUUUCUUUUUGAUGUAACGAAGCAAAAUAAUUUGUCAUUUCUUUAAUACUCUCCAAACUAAUUCCCAGAACCUGUUAAUAAACGUACACCCUUUCCCCACCCUCCAAGCAUGCAGUAUGUCUACUAUCUUCCCACCUCUCAAGCAUUUGUUACCUACCGCGGGAUAUAUAUGUUUCAGUCUUUUUGGAGUAAAGUAUCAUCUGAACAAAAAUUUUUUAAAGCUUUCCUGAAGAUUAAGGCGUAUAAUUCCUGAAAGAGCUACCUGCCAUAUGCAGCUCUACUUCUUUCCACAAAUUCUUCUAAGUCCAUAUUUCCAUCUGCCUUGAUAAGAAUUCUGAUGCACAGUCAAUCUCCUUAGCAUAUUACAAGUUCUCUCCAGUAAGCAUUUAUUCUCACUGCUCAGAAUUAGCAACUUAAACUUUGAUUGAGUCCUUAAAAAUCCGGUUUUUCUUGUUAAUGAAUUUAUUUCAUGUAUGGAGAAUAAUAACAACUGCUGGUUUUACUGCCAUAAUGGGGGCUGGGGAAUCAUAUAAUUUCCACAAUCCUUCACAAAACUCAGUGUAGACAAUUUUAAGCUGGAUGAGCCAAUGAUCUGACUCAUCAUAAGGCAGCUUCCUGUGUUUCUGAAGUCAGAAACUGACAAAAGUGAUAAAACUGAUAGGACCUUCAAACCAUAAACUUUAAAUUAAACGCACAAGACCCAAGAAAGGGCUUGAUAGUACAUUGCCUGUUCAGACAGGUAUUCUAUUGUUUAAGAAAUUAUCGCAAUUCAAAGCAUGGAAGAAAUGUAUUGUAGAGAAUCUGACAGCAAGGGCAUCCUCUAUAAAAAGCACAUGAACGAAAAAUAGCAAUCCCAGAGAAAAGGGCUAGUGUGAAAGCAAUCCACAUUAUGUUUUCCUUCUCUUUUUCUAUCAACAGGAAAGUUUUGAAAGAGAUAUCCGUGGGAGACAUCAAGCCUAAUGAAACAGUUGAGGCAAAUCUAGAAGCGCAAUUGCUGUCCAGGCUAGACCACCCAGCCAUUGUCAAAUUUUAUACCAGCUUUGUAGAAGGAGAGAGUUUUUGCAUCAUCACUGAAUACUGUGAGGUGGGACUUCAUUUACUUCUGCUGAAUGUAUAUUCCUAAAAAGUGGAUGGGGAAAUGUGUGUAAUAUUGCAUAGAAAUCAUUUGGUGGUGGGUUGUUACAUGUUGUAGCUUUCAUGAUGGUCUUCUGCACACCAGGAUAGUGCCAUCUCUAUCAUGGAUAUGCUGGUGACCUGCCAAAACCCACAGGUUAGGAAGCAAGGGUUCACAAGACAAUCAUUAUUGGCUUGGCAUAAGAACCUUGGCAACUUCAUAAUAAUUAGCACCACAAAUAUUGUGGUUAUUAGUUUAGUUUAGUUUGGUUUGGUUUUUUGGCCUUGGACUUAAAAGGAAAGCUUUCAUGAUCAUAUUUUGAUUUGUGUAGAACAUCUGUGUUAUUAAAACUAUUACAGAAACAUGUACUAACCACAGCUUCAGCCCUGAAACAUUUUUCAUCAAACUGGAGGGAUCUUAGCUCUGUUCAGGUUCAUAGCAGUUCCCACCCAUUAAUUUUAAUGAAGUUGCAAUUUAAUGUUUCUGAUUGUAAAUUUGCUGCUGCAUUUCAGGGUCGAGACCUCGACUUUAACAUUCAGCAGUACAAAGAAGCUGGCAAAGUAUUUCCUGAAAGCCAAAUAGUAGAAUGGUUUAUACAGUUGUUACUUGGAGUCAACUACAUGCAUGAAAGGUACAGUCAUUUGCUUUGAAAUGGUUAUAAACUUAAGCACAUUUUGCACCUCUUGCUUGCUAAUAUUAAAGUGAAAAUUAAAAUUUGCUGACUAGCCUUUACUUACCUUUGAUAUAACAUUCUCUUUCGCCGCCUGGAAUAGGACUAUUAAUGUGUGAUGGAUGGGAGUAUAUUUUUCAAGUUUUGACUUUUAAGUUCCACGCAGAGUAGUACCGUUCCCAGAAUUCUCAGCACCAUCAUCAUUCUUGCAAAACAGGGCAAGAAAAUAUUUAAAUCCCCAUGGGUUAUUUUAAAAGAUACUUUUGAUCAUAUGAACCACUAAAUUUUCUAAAAAUGAUUGUUUAAUUCUUUAGUGACUGAAGCAAUGAAUUUUUAAACACCUUUUGAUGUUUUCAAGGUGACCACUAUUUAAUAGUACUAUCCCGGUCACAUGCUGCCAACUCAACAAUUUUAUUUUUCCAUAUUCAUUUUUUUAUUGCAUCAUCCAUUUUUAAUUGCGAGCAUCUUUAAUAAUUAAUAUGUACAUUUCAGGUCUUGGAUUUCUUGGUGCACACUGUUAUCAGAGAAAGCAUAGAAAUGCUAUUAUAUGUGCAACUCAAGGUGCUAGCAUUGACUAUGAGCCCUAAAUGGCUUGGGCCAUAUUUGCAGCCAUUCAGUGAGCCAAAUAAAAAGAGGGUAUACUGCUGAAGAGCAGAUGGGCAAUUUUAAAAUCUGAAUUAUUCUCUCUCUCUCUCUCUCACACACACACACACACACACACACACACACAGAGAGAGAGAAAGUUCCCAGAGCAACAAAGAUUCAGGAGUAUCAUGUUCUUCUUGGGGUUUAGGAUCUGCUGUGAAAGUAGUAAAUAUCACAGCCUCUUACAGUGUCCAUUGUUCCUGUGUCUCCUCUUGGCCCUGAUUAUUCUUUCUGAAAGUGCCCCAUGCUAAAUCAGAAGUUGGAACCCAAUCUCUCUCUCUCUCUCUCUCACACACACACACACACACACCUUUUCAGACUUGUGUUCCGUCUGCUUGUCUCCACACCAUGUUGUGAUAUAGCAAACUCCAAUCUCUAUUAACUAGGGCUCACAAAGCUAUUGCAUUUGUGGGCUGUCCUGUUAAUUUCAGUGGAAACAGAUCCAUAAUGGCAAAGGGCUGCAUUUUUAUCUGCUGCUCCAUUGUGAUUAAUCCCUGUAUGAAAUUGGUAGAUUAUGGUGAUUGGCAGCAAAGAAGAUACUACUGCACAUGUUAAAUGUGUAUAUAGAUCCUUUCAUUCACAGUUUUCACAGGAGCAGUCUUUCUUCUCAAACUAUGAUUAAAAUGCAGUUUCUGGUUGAUUUUGUGUGGAAUACGCUCGGUAUAUAUUACCCCUGCUAUGCAAAAAUCUCCAAAUGAAUCCGAACUUCAAUUUCUAAAAUCCCUGGUAGAGGACAAGGAUCCUGAGAUAACGCUAAGGGUAGCCAAAUUCUGUGCGUUUGCCAUAAAACUUAGGGAACAAGCUGUGCUAUCAUAAUGAUUAAGGCCUUAAAUGAUAAUUUUAGGUUAUAUUUUGGUGACUAAGUUUUAAUUUAUAUAUUUUUUAACUGUUGCCAUAUCUGUAUUGUCCUUGUUAUACUUAAUUGCAAAUUCAAAUGUAUCCCUAUCGUGCUUUAUGACUUCCUUGAUAUUGUAUGUGGGCUGGAACUGGUCUGUGACCGAAAUAAUAAAUUCAUUCACGUUAGACACACUUUCUUGUCGGGGUUGCUGGUGGCCAAUAUUUGGAAGUAAAUUUGACAUGCUGCUCAGUCCUAUACAUGUUUGCUUGGAAGUAUGUCCAACGAUAGUAAAUGUGUUCAGUGUCAUUUGCACUUCAAAGUUAGGUGAUUAGGAGCAAAGAGUACAUUUCGCAAUAGUCUAAAAGACUGUAAGAUGUGCUAUUAACUUUUUCAUCCUACUAAAAGAGUUUCAUUUCUCUUCAUAUUCAGGCGAAUACUUCACAGAGAUUUGAAAGCGAAGAAUAUUUUUUUGAAAAACAACCUUCUUAAAAUUGGUAAGAUGUUUUUCAAUGUGAUUUUAUUAUUGCGUAACAUUUCCGCUUGCACAGUGCCAUGGAAUGAUGCUGCAUUGGGGUGCUCCAGGACAUUGCAGGAAACUUAAACAGAGACUCCAAGCUGUCCUAGCACUCAGUAGAGCACCAGCAAAAAUGGGCCCAGGGCAGAUGUCAGAUGGGACCCCAGCCAGUAGCCAAGGUUGUUGGGUGCAGGGAGUGCAGAACCUGCCCCUGUCUUCCAAAGCAUUUCUCCUGGCCAAGUACGCCUAGUAUGAGAGCUUCACUGACAAGAAAAGCAUCUUGGGACAGGGAGCAGGUUCCCCCCUCCUUAUCUAUACCCCUCUUUCCAUUUUAAAAAUGGUACUUUCCUGUUGCAGUCCACCUUUUUCUGUUGCAGCCCAUAUUUUUUAAAAUGAUAAAUAUAUGACAUAAUGAUGCCUAUGCUAUUCAGAAGUUUCUGAAAGCUUAUCUUUGUCUGGUUAUAUCUGUACAAUGCCUGGGUGUAACAGAGCAUUGCAUAUGAAUGCUAAUGCAGAUGUUGGAUGUAGUUACGCAUUGAGAGAUCAGUGGAGGGGUGCAGCCUUAUUGCUCCUCAUACAGGCCAGUGAAACCUCUGCCCCGUUAAAUAAGUUUCAUGUGGUUUGUCUGUGUGCCAUGGAAAUGAUUUCUGGCUGCAUGAAAUUUUGUACUGUAUAGUUGGAUCCAGUGUACAUUCCACAGUUACUUCUCAUAGGUUCAAUUCGCACAUAACGCUAAGCCGAAAUAUGGCUUAGCGCAAAUUUGCAGGCUCCUGGAAAUGAGAUCACAGCUCUUUUGCUCCUCUUCCUGUCCUCCUCCUUCUGGGUUGCUGUGAGCUAAGCCAUGGUUGUCCAAACCCAGGCUGGUGGAUUAUCUCACUCCAGACAAACCAUGAAUGUUAAACCAUAGAAUAAAUCUUGGUUAUAGCUCAUGGUUUAGCGCACGCUUCCUCAAACUCGGCCCUCCAGAUGUUUUGAGACGAGAGUUCCCAUCAUCCCCCUGCUAGCUAGGGAUCAUGGGAGUUGUAGGCCAAAAACAUUUGGAGGGCCAAGUUUGAGGAAGCCUAGUUUAGAGUGAAACAAACCGUAAGAUCAGGUUUGGUCAACAUGGUAAACCAGACCAUGGCUUAGCUCACAGCAGUGCAGCAGCAGCGGGACCAGAGGAAGAGCAAAGCAGCCAUGAUCUCUCUGGGAACCUGCACAUUUGUGCAUCUGCACUAAGCCAUGCUUUGUGUGAACUGGGUUGCACUGUGCAUGUGUAGUGCUUGUAACUAUUCGGGUGCAUGUAAUCAUGUGACAACCAUCAACAGCAAAUGUGAAUACUUAUUUUUUUACAAUUUGCUUAUACAUAUCAUAUUUCUUUAUUCCCAAGGUGCAUAGUGCCCACUAUGCUAGCAUAACAGAAAAAUUAACCCUAGAUAAUCACUGCCACUCAGCAGCCAAAAUCAUCCAAAUUGGCAGUUCUCUGAAUUUUGCAAUGCAGUUCUCUAGCCAAGUAAUGUGUACGGAAAGGAAUAUGCUAGGAUAAAGUGGCAUAAAGCAUAUGUUACUGAAAAUAAUGUACAAUAAUACAUUAUAUUAGGGAAAUUGCUUUGGAAAAUGUACUAUAUUUAGGGGGGGAAAUUGCACUAAAAUGCUGCUUGAUUUUUAUGAGGACUUCAUUGUAAAAAUAAAUAAAUUGCAAACUGAUGUGGAAGUGUGCAGGACUGACCUUAAGGCUGGUAACAUGAGAGAUAGAGAGAAACCAAAAGUGAGAAGAUUUGCCCAUGCCUAUGAACUCUCUGAGCUGCACAUUUAAUUAAAAUAGAUAUAAAAUAGCACAGGCUAGAAUAUGUCAUUUAGCUUUUUUCCCCCUUCAAGUAACUAUAUUUCAAAAUAUUUUUCAAGGGGACUUUGGUGUUUCUCGUCUCUUGAUGGGAUCCUGUGAUUUAGCAACUACUUUUACUGGGACGCCUUUCUACAUGAGUCCCGAGGCCCUGCAACACCAGGGUUACGACACAAAAUCAGAUAUCUGGUAAGCAGGCAGCGUUCUGUUUCACGUGAAUCUUUCAUUUAAUCGUAACGAUCAUGCUGGAGACAGCACUGGCUUCUAGGUCACUUUCUGCUUAGGUUGCGUGCUUAUCUCUCCUUUCUCUGAAGAAAUGAAAUUAUUUGAAUAAAUAUGCUUCCAUGUUGCUGAAAUGUAUCUAUUGCAAAAAUAAAUGUAUUCAAGGACAUGUCCGCUUAUGCUUUGAGUGUGGCUGCGUUGUGGGCUGACAAUGCCUCCUGGCACCCUCACCCAACAGGGGCCCUGGUGCCAAGGAUUGCCCCAGCUGAUGAGGGCAGCUUCAAAUUCAUCUCAUCGGCUGGCAUUUUGGAUUCAAGCCUGCCUUCAAAUUGGCCUGGGAGCAGGCCUGACAGGACAGGUAGACUUCCUUUAGGUCCACUCCUAGGGGAUUUAAAGCAGCCCUGCCAUAGCCCCAGCACCUGGUUUUUCAUCGGAUCUUCACUUUCUGGGGGUUUGAUAAUUUGAACUAUUAUUUUGUAACAGUUUUUUUUAAAACUUCCUGCAAAAAUAAAAAAAUCAGCCUCAUAAUAUUUCAUAUGUACUUACAUGUUCUCUCCUUCCCUCAUCCCUUCACUUGGUAGGCUUCAAGGCUUAUAUCCUGUCAAAUCAGUUUCCCGCAGUUGGUUUCACAUACCCUAUUAGUUUUAUUUUUACAUUCAUUCUUCCUCUUAUUGUUCUUAUUUUAAGAAAACAUUUUUUUUAACAGGGGCAAAAACUGGGAGGUACCCAAAAGGCUCCGUCUUCAGCCUGCUUUGCCUUCACAUUUGCAAACAGUCUCUCCACCCACACACCCAAGAUUCCUGUAGGGAAGUGUAACUUGAAUAUGGUCAUGGCAAGGCGACACUUAUUUUAUGACCUUCUGUUCUUUUAUAUCACUUACGUUAUACGUUAUGAACCCUGUGGAAAUGGAAGAACAGGCUUUUCACUGAGAUAAAAGUGUUUCAUUUUCAAUAGAAAGGGGCUCAUAGUUUUGUAUGACCAGGAUUAAAGUGCAACAACAUUGCAAGCAGACACCAGCCACUGAAUUUAGAAUUUUCUUGUCCUUGAAUUGCUUUCAUUUUAUUUAUUUUCCUUUCAGGUCCCUAGGAUGCAUUUUGUAUGAGAUGUGCUGUUUGGAUCAUGCAUUUACUGGUCACAAUUUUUUGUCCAUUGUUUUAAAAAUUGUGGAAGGUGAAGCACCAUCUCUGCCAGCCAUCUAUCCAAGGGAACUUAAUACCUUGCUGCACAGGUGGGUUUUUUGUUUUUGUUUCAAGCUGGUUUCACCCACAGCGGUUUUAUAGUUUGCAUGAGAACAGAUUUCAUUUCGUAUCAUUAAUAUUUCAGCAUGCUGAGCAAGGAUCCUUCACAGAGGCCAUCCGCCGCAGAGAUUUUAAGGAUUCCAUACGUUCGUGAUCAAUUACAGGUAUUUGAAAUGAAAUGACAGUAGACUUAAUAGUUGAGAUUGUCACCCACAUUGAAAAGAAUGAGUCCUAUGAAGGACCAAAUAAACAGUCAUAAGCCUACUUCCACAGGCGUACCACUGAAAUAUGGGACUUAAAUCCAAGUCAUUCUGUCUAAGAUACCGAACAGAGCAUUCUGUGUUCAAAUGGGGAAGGAUAUAUAUUUCAUUUCAUGUUGUUAGAGUCAGCAUAACAGGUGGUGGCGCCCACUAUUACUCAGAGUGGACUCACUAUUUGACAGUGGAACAGUCUCCCUGAGGAGGUUGUGGACUCUCCUUCCUUGGAGGAUUUUAUGCAGAGGUUGGAUGGCCAUCUGCCAUGGAUGCUUUAACUGAGAUUCCUGCAUUGCAGGGGCUGGACUAGACGACUCUCAGGGUCAUUUCCAACUCUACAAUUCUAUGAUUCUAUUACUUUGAUAGGAACUGCAUUCAACUUACUUAGUCUGGGUAUAACCCAAUAUUUUUUUCCUGCUAGUGCAGGCACUUCAAAAACCAAAGGAGCCAAAAUGGUGUGCUUUCCAUUUGCCCUUUAUCUUUGUCUUGUAGCACCCAGAAGGAAAGGGGACAGGAUGAUUUGUAACCAAGUUUAAUUUUGGUACACUGUACUUCUGAUGUGACUUUCGCUUCUAUUCUCACAGUUAGACUGAGGUGGAAUCUACACACAUAUAUAAAACGCUGGGAAAACACUUUUUUAAAAAAGAAUUUUUUGAAAAAUAUGUUGAAUUUGCCAUAGCUCACCAUUGCCAUCUAGAUUCGCAUUUGCAUAUUGCACUUUACAACACACUUAAAACAUUUUAUUUGCUGAGUCCUGAGACUCCAUAAAUGGAUGCCUAAAUUAGUCAGUUUGGCUGAAGCAGCCUUAUAAAAUGGAACACACUGCGUGGGUUUUGUAAAAGUAGCAAAAAGGCUACUUCACGGUAAUAAAAAUAAAUGGUUGCAAUUACUGCUGCUUUGUUGUCUCUUGUAGAACAUGAAGUGUAAAUUCACAAAUAUGACUCUGAAGGACCCAGCGCUUAAUUCUCAGGAAGAAGCUGCUCAUAUCAUUAACGUUGUGUGAGUAUGGAAUUAUUUGGGGGGACGACAGGAGUAACUAACAUGGUGCCCUCCAGAGCUUGUGGACCACAACUCCCAGGCAAUGCUGACUGGCAAUGCUGAUGGGGGUUGUAAUCUGAAGGGUAGUAGUGUAUUGGCUGUGUAAGAGGAGCAAAAAAUAGAUGAGUUAUUCAAUCUUGUAUUCACUUACACCUACCUAGGAACAAUCCUCUCUGAACUCAGUGCGACUUACUUCUGGGUAGAUUUGGAUACGGUUGUGAUGUCAGUUGCUAACAGUGUACUGGUUAUUUGGAGAAAAGAAUUGUGCACAUUUUUUUAGGUAACCAUUUGUAUUCCAAGUGCCCAAACAUUAUGAAAAUGUAAACUUGUUACUAAUUUAAAAGGGUUGUCUACUUUUGCCUUGCAGUAAACCGGGCUAUAGAUUAGACUGAAAAAUGAAAUAGAUUCAACACAAAUUCAACAUGUGUCUGUGUAUACACACACACACACACCCUUUCCCCAUCAAAGUUCUUCUCAAAAUCCUGCAGGCAUUAACAGCACCAUUUAUUGUGCUGGUGUGUAAGAUGCUGAUUUCCAAUUACUGUACAAAGGAUAAUUGUGUGUAUUAUUUUCAACCAAUGUAAAUAGCAUACUCUGUUUUACAUAAUUCGUGUAUUAAGCUGAUUUAAUAGGAACAAUAGCAGAACACAAUGGUAUAAUGAUGAAUAGAAAUUUCAAAGCUGGUAAUUAAAUUCUUACCCCUUUUGGUUUCUAUUGGAUCUACUUCCCUUCUUUCCCUGUGGUUACUGCUGCUCUAUUACAUUAAUCAACUGCUGUUACAUUCACUGCUGGGGAAAUUACUUUCUUUGCUGUUCUCUUGUCUGCCAUAAUCAAUGUUUAUUAUACUUAGAUAGUGCAUUUCUCUAUGUUUCUUUGAGAUGGGUAAAGUCAACAAAGAGGGAAAGCAUUGUUCAGCUUAGAAAUCUUGAUCUUUAUAUCUUACUAAACUGCAAGGAGAUCUAUGUCAUCUUAACAUAGUAUCAGUUUACUUUCUAAUACAGGCAGAAGGGCCUCAGAUAAUGAUUGCAGGGUCCAGGUCAGCUCAUAUGGGAAGGCAGUCCUUGAGGUAUUGCGGUCCUGAGCUGUUUAAGCUUUGAAUUGGACACGGGAACUAAUUGGCAGCCAGUGCGUUCGGGCCAGGAUUGGUAUAACAUGCUUAAACCAUCCUCCCCCAAUGAGCAACCUGGCUGCUGAAUUCUACACCAGCUGAAGUUUCUGAACUGCCUUCAGAUAUAGCCCCACAUCUAAUGUGUUGCACUAAUCUAACCUACAGCUUACCAUAGCAUAGACCACAGAAGUUGGGUUAUGCCUGGACAAAUAUGGGCACAACUGGGCCACAAGCCAGGGCUGCCAAGGCUUUCCCCAAUACUCAGAAGGGUUGGUACAUAAUUUGUGGGAUUCAGCAGAGAUGGAGUGCUCUCAGACAGGAUGCAAUCGGAAGCUUUUGUAGAACUAGGACCUUUUAUAAGGGCUGGCUUUUUACCAUAAAGGGUUUUAAUUAAAAUAGAUUAUAUCUAUCUGCUCUAGUUUCAGCUCAUUCUCAUUAAGGAGGGCUGUUUACUAAUGCCCUUAUUGUACGUUUGAAAAUAAUUAAUGAACUACUGCAGUAUGAGCUUCACAGUCAUUGGCAAGCUAGAACCCUUAUUUAUGGUACACUAGAUAAUGAGGUCAGCCGAGACAGUGAUCACUAAUACGCCUUUCCAUUUUUGAUUCUAUUAUUAAAACACAAGGAGUAUUCCUUUGUUCUUUUUCAAGGAAAUAAUGAAUAUUACUCAUGUCCAAUGAAGUGAGUUCAAAGGUCUAAGUUUACAUAAUUUAAUUAUAAAAUGAGUGUGGUAUUGAAAUUAAUGCAGUUAGAGCUUUCUCAUGCUAAUGUUCUGUGCAUCUUAAUUGCAUUUUUCCAACUGUUGAGAGCGCAGUAAAUUGUAAAUAACUGAAACCUAUCAUUGACAGAAUAGAGUAGAAACAAAUCUAUGCACAAAAGUAAUAUGGCACCAUUCAGAAUUUUAUUUUAUUUUUAUUUCAAACUUCAAAAGUAUUUAUAUUGAAAUGAGACUUUAAUGGGCAAGAUUUAACAUAUAUAUAUAUAUAUAUAUAUAUAUAUAUAUAUAUAUAUAUAUGAAAUAUCUUAUGACAGUGGUUGGAUCCAGAUAAAGUUAGGGAGCAUCCCAAUUCCUUGUGGGUACCAGAAGAGCUUAGUAGAGGAGUGCAGUAACUGAUUAAUUCAAAAUUCCUCUACUUGUAUUGGCUGCAGUGGAAGGUUGGCAUAACCCACUGUUGGUAGCUGCACCAGUUUAGGAUUCAGCAGGUCCUCGGCCAGCCCAGCUUCACCCCACAACCUCUCCCUGACCCUGUGUUAGUUUGGUCAGUUUUUGUUCCUGGAAUGGGGGAAAGAAUUGUCAUCUUGUUUUUUUCAUUAUGCAUCAAAAUGUCUUGGGGCUGGUCCUGUUUUCAGCUUUUCGGGCCCAGGACUAUUCAUUUGAAUUUUUGAAAGCAAAUGUCCACACACAUUUGUUUCAGUUCUAACCCUUCUCUCUUCAGGCAGAAAAAAGUACAUCUACAAACUCUGAGGGCCCUCUCGGAAGUGCAGAAAAUGACACCGCGUGAACGAAUGAGACUGAGAAAGCUGAGCAUUGCUGAUGAGACAGCGCAGAAGCUGAAGUAAGAAGCACAGCGUUAUUUUAGCCUCCAAAAGGAGAUCCUUCAGUGUCUCAAUUUGUUUGGGAAGUAUUUAGUUUGUUUCCAGAAAGGGUCUGUGGUCUGCUAUCCACAGUCUUCAUGUCAGCCUCUCCUAAAUGCCCCCCCCCCCCGAAUUGGAGAUUUGGACAUUCCUUGAUGUACAGGAAGAGAUGCAACUGCUUUAUCCAACACUAUGUUACACACCACCCUAAACUCUGAGUGUUGUGAGAGUCCAGGGGGUCCAGGCACUUACCUAAGGUCUGUGGGUCAUUUGGAAAUGAGGCACAGUGGAGAUUGUGGUAUCUUUAUUAUAUAUGGUUUAGAUGGGGAGGGAGUUUAGAGCAGGCAUAGGCAAACUCCGGCCCUCCAGAUGUUUGGGACUACAAUUCUCAUCAUCCCUGACCACGGGUCCUGCUAGCUAGGGAUGAUGGGAAUUGUAGUCCCAAACAUCUGGAGGGCCGGAGUUUGCCUACGGCUGGUUUAAAGCAAGAGGGCCUCCUGUUUCUCCCAUACAGUAUAUGCAGGAGUCCAGGAUCCCAUGCUCUCUGCCCCUUUUACAGCCUGUCAGUCCACAUGGUGCUCUGACCCCCCUUUCUGUGCAGCUUGCGAACUACAAACGUACCUUCCUGCUCUCAUACAUCAUGCCAAACUGAAAUCCUAAACCUUUUUCAAACCCUUUUGUCUCUGCCCACUAACACACCCCUGGAGGAGGGGGCUCCACUCCCCUUGCUGUGUGGCAUUGAAUUCCAUGAUCUAUUUUCAUGCUCCUCCAAUGUCCCUGCACUCAGCUCUAUACCAGGUUGGCCAAGCUUCUUAAUAUAAUCUGAAUCCAGCAGUGUUUGGCACAGUUUAAUCAAACCUUGAUUAAUUCUAACUUUUACUAAAUCCAGGAGUUAUGGGGUAGAUCUGGCACCCAGGAAUUUAGGGGAUCCUUGCUCCCCCCUCCCAAAACUAUAACAAUUAUUUGUGGAGGAGAAACAGAAUGCAGAGUGAAGCACUCUCCAAACUCCUUGUCAUUUCCCCCCUUAAUCUCUUUCUUAAGGUGUCUGUGGUUCUUCUGAUCACUCCGACAUACUGCCCACAGUUACUAGAGGGCCAUUUGCUUGCCCCCAGAACAAUUUUGUCCUCACUGUUUUUUGACAGUUGUUGCUUUGUUGUGACUUCAUUCUCUGUGCCUGUCUGUAUAAAGGUUUCUCAUGUAUUUGGAAGUGCUGAUGACACAGAUACAGAUACCUAAGGAUCAUACCCUCCAACAUUUCUCCAAUGAAAAUAGGGAUGUCCUAAGGAAAAGCAGGACAUUCCGGGAUCAAAUCAGAAACCAGGACGGCUUCUGUAAAUCCCGGACUGUCCCUGCCACUUGGAGGGUCCGAAAGAUAUCAGAGUGCUGGGUCUGCCAUGGUAUGAAAAUAGAAUGAACAGAAUUACUGCUCACUUUGCUACUCUCUUUUAUUUAUAUUAGUGUUCCUUUAGAGCAGUCUUCCCCAACCUGGGGUCCUCAGUUUCUGUUGGACUACUAUUUCCAUUGUUCUCAGCCAUCAUGGCCAGUGAUGAGGAAUGAUGGGAGUUGCAGUCUAGCAGCAUCUGAGGAUCAAGGUGGAGGAAGGCUGCCUUAGAGCUAGAUUUACUUUGGGUUUGAUCCCAAGAACUGCUUGCAGAAGGAAGUUAGUGGAAGGUGACUUUCCUGUCUUGUCACCCCUUAAAGUUGCAAGAUAUCUGUCCAGUUUGAGGAGCUUCUUCCCUCUGCAAGUAUGAAGCAUUAAUAUUCAUUUCUCAUACCAGUUGUAAUCCUUUUGCUUGAAGGAAUCACGCUGAAAGAAGUCGCUAGAAAGUUAUUAGCUCAGUUACCAUUUGUGAUGUAGAAUUACCAGUAUUGUCAUUCUUUUCAGGCAGUUGGCUGAAGAAAAAUAUCAAGAGAAUCUCAAGAGAAUGCAGGAGCUUAGAUCCCGUAACUUCCACCAUGUGAAUAUAGAUGUGCUUCAUGUAAGUUUCUAGCCUUUGCUUAGAUUUUCUAAAACCCAGACAUCAGCUUCUACAGUGUUUUCUCCCCCUGUCUUCUCUACUUAUCCUUAGCUCUCUGUGACUAGGGCUUUUUUCAGCUGGAACUCACCAGAAUUCAGUUCUAGGAGCUCUCAGGUAGGUGCCAUUGCCAUUCUAAGAAAACAAGGGAUGUGUUCAUGGCGAGUUCUGGCAUCUCUUUUUCUAGAAAAAUAGCAAUGUAUUUGACUCACAAAAAGUCAAUAGAGGCUGGAUAUUGAAAUAAGAUUCCAAUUAAUGUAGCCCCCAUGCUUAAAACUAUCCCAAACUGGUGAAAAUGUGCAACUUCAAUUGAUAGUGCUGCAAAAUAUAUAUACAGAAAGCUGGCACUAACCCCAGCCUGCUGCCAGUACCCUGUUCAUACACAUGCAUAUAAUAAUAAUAAUUACCAAAAAAAUUCUUAUGAGAAUUCCAGCUGUUACUCCAUUCAGAAUAUGUUUCAUUGUGACCACUUAUGAUUUACUGUCUCAUUUCAAAUAAGGAACCUGAUGAACAGACAGCAGAGCAUCUGAUUAAAUCUCAGCCAGUCACUACGUUGAACUAUCUGUCCAUAGGAUGUGAGGAUCAAAGUGACAGUGAUACAACAGGCAGACUCUGUAUGUCUGAUCCUGUGGAGCGCGGUAAGAGAUUGAUAUUAUAUGCUGUGUUAAUUCCUCAUCUAGUUAAAGCUAGAUGAGACAUAAGAUGUUUCGGUCAGGGGCGGGGAGUCUGUUUAGUCUUUUAAAAGGUUGGGAAAUAAAAACUUGAUUUUAAAGUGAUCACAAACUGUAUGCAUUUUCUCUGUACAAUGAUAUAUGUUACCUUUGCAUCCUCCAUUUAAGAGAGUCCAUAAGAGAUCAAUAUGACAGAAAUUGCAACUGUUCAGAGGAGACAGCCUAGGAAAAUUUACCAGUGCGUUAAGUAUCUAAUGCUUAUAUUGCCAGAACUUAUUUGGUUUGGGCCAAACUGUAAAGCAUAGGAGAAGUUUUGCAUGGCUUCAUCAAGGUUGUGGCAUGUUCCUAGUUAAACAGUAUACAAGUAAACCAGAAGAAAGUUGCAUGAUAAUGUUUAUGAAUCAGUCACAAUUUACAUUAACUGUAUUAAAGCACUUAACUUGAACAACAUUCCAUCAGUUAAGGAGCUGCAUGCUUGAGCAUCCUCUCUCUUUAUAAAAGUCUACUUAUGUGUGUGACAGGGUCACUUCAGACUGUAGUUCUCUUACCUGGAAAAGUUUUCCAUGCAGGUAAAUUUUAAGAUUUGAAGUAAGCUUCAGUAUCAGCCCGUGGGGUUUCUGAAUAAAAUGUAACACAUUUUUGUAUUAUUACAGCAGAAUUGUAAGGAUUAGGUUGGCUGGUUUAAAUUCAUAUAGUUUUAUUCAUUUCUCUUGAUUACAUGCUCUUUGUACUGAGGAUUUCAUUGUUUAUUUUAGUCUGUGUAGAGAUGAUUAACUGUGAUUUUAAUAUUGGGUUCAUCUAAUAGCUUUAUAAUGCUAUUGAUAUUUUUAGUUUAAGCCACCUAAAAUCUGCAAGAUAUAACUGAACAACAAACAGAAUAAAUCCCUUUAUUUUGAAGCUGCAUUUCUUGAUCCAUGUGACAGGUAUUAGCCUUCAGCUCCUGCAGAAGCUGGGCAUCUGUGUUCCAAAAGCAGCUGUUUCCCAGUAAGAGAAAAUGAAUAGCUAAAAUACCUACCUGUCAAGGCUGAGAAGCUGUUGGAUUCAGGGCUGUGCUUUUAUAACCAUGCUCUAUAUUUUUAUUUUUACUGUUGGCACAAUGCGCAGCAAUGUACUCUGCAGCCACGAUGGGUAUUUUCUCAAAAGAUCUGAUAUUUUAAUUAAAUUUCCAUGAGCUGUUGAUUCAGUAAAUAACUGCGUGGUGUAACACCCAGGAUGUUAACAUGGUUGGUACUACUUAGAUUAAGUCAAAAGAAAAUGCUUCAUUAAAUGACAGUUUCUUAACUGAAGAAAUGGAUAAGAAGUCUGCCAUUAACAGCAGCAGAGACCACUAACUCAAAAUUCAGAUGUGCUACCUCUUCCGUUUCUUAAUUUGAUCUCUGAAUUUUUCUUCUCCGCCUCAUUGUUUUUUGCUUUUGUUCCAAGAUACAUUUUUAUGUGCAUUUUUAUACAUUUUUUGAACUGUGUCACAAAAUUGGGAAAGGUGUGUUCUGAUCUGAGUAUGAGUCUGGGAAGUGUGAAUCAGGUUGGAUCACUUGUACAUGUGAGCCAUACCAAAUUCUGGAGCAUCCCUAGGAAGGAUAUUGGUUUCUGCCACCAGCCAGAGGAACAGAGGCUGCUUUAAUUUUGGAUUUUAAUUUGUUGUAAAUCAUCAUGGACCUCAUUUAAUCAAAAUGUAAGAUAUAAAUCUCACAUAAAUGCGCACACAAUUAAUAAGAUAAUGUAAAUAGUUCUGGGAUGGCAAGAGGUACAUGAUACUUGAUCUCAGUAGUGCUGAUUGUGGGCCGUGCAGAUCAGUAUGAAACUUAAAGGGUACUUGCACAUUUUGCUUCAAACUUUUUUUGUAGGAGGACUAGAGACUUACUGUUGUUGUUUUUUUGAAAUAAAAGCUCCAUGAAAGCCUUUUGUGGGUGCUGGGUUGGUGACCCCCAUUACAGCAUAUUAAAAACAAGCAUGGCUUAAAAUGUUAAUCAGGUAGCUUUUUUCUAGAGCAGAUAGAAACUUCCAUUGCUCAUUUGCGUGGAAUAUAAUAUAUUCAUUGGGCUGUACCUGCCUAGGAAAAGCAAUGCAUCAGGAAUACAUAGUGUAUUCUCUAUCUGUGGGCACCUCUCUACCCUACACACACACACACACACAGACUCUUUAAUGCAUACACGUAAAGCUUAAUAUUGACUAGUAGGACUUUAAAAGCUGCUGGACUCACUAUCUUUAAAGAGAAGGCAAAUACGUGUGACACUUUAAGCCAAGCAUCGCCAGCCAGCUUGUUCUUUUACAGUAUCAAGAGAGAAAAUCUGUGUGGGAGGAAGUUGCAUUCUAGAUACUAUGUCCAGGCAGGAGAGAGAGAAAAAUGAAAAUCAGGAAACAAAAGAGAUGGAUAUGGAAUGGAAACUGUGACUGUUUACAACAUAAGAGAAGGAGUAUAUAAGAGUGGAAUCAGAACAGCAGGGCAAAUUGGUCGCUCUUACAUAAGGUGGUGACCAUUUCACGCAGGGUUCCCUUCUUGGCCUCCUGUGUGCGUUGGUGGGGCAUGCAAAGUGUGCCCUGCCCAGUUAUACCCCGUCUUGCUCUGCUCCGCCCCCGUUCUGCCAUCAUCCAGGUCCAAAAGGACCUGCACGUCAACUAUCGUGCAUCAAUUGGACAAGCCUAAAAUGUUCACCACCUGUAUCUGUUUUAUCAAGUUAUACUAUAUAGGACUAAUAGGCUUCUUGUUUUUCCACUCAUCUCCCGGUGUAUUUGAAAGUUUAGCUGCAUGGUCUAGAGACAUCAACACAGAGGUCUUAAAACUCCCUGCGAGGGUUUUCAUUUAUCAUUGUGAUCAGUGCUUGAAAGAUACAGAAUUAAUGGGCAGUUCAGAGUGGUGUGUUACUCACAUUUGUCACAUUGCGUUCAGGCUUCAACCCAGUAUCCGGUAUCCUUGUUCCUCCCCAGGUCCAUCACCCCAAGCUGAGCUGGGUAGUUAAUCAACAAAUACAUGACUUCUAAGUGCUUGUUCUUAAGUUUAAAAUUAUAAUGCUGAUCUUUAAUUUUUCCCUUGAAAAUGUGCAUCUGUCAAACAAGUAGAUUUAAAUAAAAGGAGAUUUAAAACAAAGCUGUAUGACCAAUUUGUGAGUUUUGCUAAAGGAAUAAAAUGUAUAUUUGAACUGAACUAAUCUCCCUUCAUGCACAUUGUUAUCACUUGGGCCUAAAAACCAGUUUCCUGGGUGUUUAUUGAUGGCUCUCUAAUCUCACUGCCUAACCCUUACAUUAAUCCACACCCCUGUCAUUUGCAUUUCGCCCUCCAUAGCAUUCUGUCUUGUUCCCAAGCACUCUCCUACACAAGGCAUAUCUACACCUAUCUGCAUAUCAUAGCCACAAUUUUUUGUGAAUAAACACUUUUUAUUCAUUCAGAUCGGCAUUUGUUGGGUCUUACUAAUUUCUCCCAAAUAGGCACAGCAAUACUGUUACUAAUUAUGUCCAUUGCAAGAGCUGCACAAUCAUCUCCAGUAAAUCCCCAGAAUGAUACUUCCAUGAACACAUGUGUAAAAUACAGAUCUCUUCAGGUUAUCCAUAAAUUGUCCUUGAGUGAAGUCCACUCAUCACCCUGGGUUUCAUAGAACCCUUCUAGUAUGGUUCAAAAUUAGAAGGGAAAAAAAGAUUUUAUAAUGGAAUGCCACUGGCUUCUGCUUCUCAUAAAGUGUCCUGACUAAUCCUAGAGAAAAACAACAAGCAUGGCUGAGAAGCAAGGAGAUCCAGCUAAGCUGAAAGAGAGGUCUUGCUCCUCCAGGCACCAGUUGCGUAGCAGCAGCCUUGAAAAGAGAGGCAUGGAACAAAAUACUUGACUGUGAAACCAUCUUCCCAGCAAAAAGACUGCAGUGGUGGAGCAGUCUCCUAGGCAGAGGACCGAACAAAGUAGAGACUGAGAGGGCCCAGUUACAAGAAAGAGACUUUCUGGCAAGUGUUAGCCCUAACAUAAAGGGUGAUAUUGUUAAGGACAGGGCUGAAUGGGAGGAAAAUUAAAUGUUAAUUAAUUCAAGGGAAGAUUUGCUUUAUCUGAAAUACUGGUGUAGAAUAAACUGAACGGAUGGUGCUAAUUUUUAAUGUAUUGGUGUAUUAUACUGAAGAUAUGAAUUUUAAUUAUGAUGGAUUUUAUGGAUACCGUAAAUUCACAUUAUAUUCUAUUAAAGAGAUAAGGCUGUCUAUACGGAGAAGAUGAGAGAUUUUAUUUUUUUUGCAAAGGCCUUUGGUUAUGUGCAAUAAAGUUCAUUCACAAGAUUAAUAUAUGCUCAUGGAAAAUCUGAGUGUUUAAAAAAUGAAGAAGCAGGUUUAUAUUAGCUGUGGAUGGUUUCAUUCCUUACUGCACCACCCAGAAUAAUUAUGGAGAUUUAUUCUUUUCACAUAAGAACGGAGAGAACUGCUGAACAAUCUGAGGCUCCUGAGACUGAAACUGAGGCAAAGCAUGACUGCAGAAUCCAGCUGCUCAGCUAUCUAUUGCUAAGCAAGACUGCUUUGCGACUGCCAGCUCACCUUGACAUGCUGUCAUUUCUUUCCGUUUUUCUCCGGUAGCUUUGUGCAGAAAGGCAGCAUCCUGGCUCAGCAAAGAGUUCGGAACUCACUUAAAAAGAAAGCAAAAUGAGCUUUUAGUUCUCUGGAAGCAUCCUUCGCAGGCAUGAGAGAGCAGGAAGUUAGUUAUGACAAAGCAUGGCUGGUUUUCUUUCAGCAGUGGUCACCAUGCUCAGGAAAGGACCCAUUUUGGGGGCGAAGAAAACCUUGAGGUGUCUAGAAAUGUCUGAAAUAAGGCCCUUAGCUGUUCACUGUGAGGUAACUGUUUGAAACUGGCUGGCCUGAAGGCGUUUUGCUGCCUGAGGUGGGGCAGCACAUAGUAAUAAUAAUAAUAAUAAUAAUAAUAAUAAUAAUAAUAAUAAUAAUAAUAAUUUAUUAUUUAUACCCCUCCCAUCUGGCUGAGUUUCCCCAGCCACUCUGGGCAGCUUCCAAUCAAGUGUUAAAAACAAUACAGCAUUAAAUAUUAAAAACUUCCCUAAACAGGGCUGCCUUCAGAUGUCUUUUAUAGAGAAGAUAGCUGCUUAUUUCCUUCACAUCUGAAGGGAGGGUGUUCCACAGGGCAGGCGCCACUACCGAGAAGGUCCUCUGCCUGGUUCCCUGUAACCUCACUUCUCGCAGCAAGGGAACUGCUAGAAGGCCCUCGAUGCUGGACCUUAGUGUCCGGGCUGAACGAUGGGGGUGGAGACACUCCUUCAGGUAUCCUGGGCCGAGGCCGUUUAGGGCUUUAAAGGUCAGCACCAACACUUUGAAUUGUGCUCGGAAGCGUACUGGAAGCCAAUGCGGAUCUCUCAGGACCGGUGUUAUAUGGUCCCAGCGGCCAGUCACCAGUCUGGCUGCCGCAUUCUGGAUUAAUUGCAGUUUCUGGGUCACCUUCAAAGGUAGCCCCACGCAGAGCGCACUGCAGUAGUCCAAGCGGGAGAUAACUAGAGCAUGCACCACUCUGGCAAGACAGUCUGCAGGCAGGUAGGGUCUCAGCCUGCGUACCAGGUGGAGCUGGUAGACAGCCACCCUAGACACAGAAUUAACCUGCACCUCCAUGGACAGCUGUGAGUCCAAAAUGACUCCCAGGCUGCACACCUGGUCCUUCAGCGGCACAGUUACCCCAUUCAGGACCAGUAAAAGUAACGUACUGGAGGCUAUAUUUCUUUUGACAUUGAAUCUGUAUCUUUAGGAGGAUGAAACUGAAAUAAUUGGGGAGGGGGGUUAGUAGAUAUGGAGGGGACUAUAUUAGCAUUACACUUGAUUAUGUGCUGCUCUGCUGGUAGUAAUAACUUAAAAUGAAAUAAUCUGCUAGGUUGACGUUCUGGACUAAUCAGACAGUAUCUAAUCACUUCAGUUUUUCAACACAAUGACUCAGUGGGGGAAAUGGAUUUUGCAAUGAAAAUAUAAAACUAUGUACUCUUACGUUUUGCGCAAUGGGCUGGUUUAUAUUCAUAUCAAUUUCACAGCUGAAAAGACAUUGUAAACGAGAGGGGCAAUUAAAAAUAUAUUUAUGAGCUGUGCGUGCAAAUACAGAUAGAUCAUUGUAUAAUCUUUAUUUACCAGAUUCUGCUGGAGGGCAUUCCUGAUAGGGAUGGUGCCUCUUUCUGCAAGGAUCAGGCCAUGUCCUCUGAAGUCUUCGGCCUUCUUUUCAGGGGGAGAAGUCCUCCCUCUUUCCAGACCAACCCUGCCUGCUGUUGGUGACAGUUGGGUCUUUCUACUCUGGAAAAAACAACAACAAAACUCAUCUGUAGCGUUUUGAGUGUUCGUUCUGUGUCACUUUGUGAGAUUGGUGACCUUUAUCCUUUCCAGUUUGGUCACACUGGGCCUCAGGGGCGCCACAACUAAAAUGUAGAAUGGAAGGCAAGUGCCAAUGAAAUUUGAGACCCCACAAUGACUUGCCCUAGGGCGGAGCCAUGUACUGUAUCCAUGGUCUGACGGGCCCAGAUAACCUAAUCCUGCUGUCUCGCCCAUCUCUCAUGUGGUCUGUGAAGGGAUGAGUCCCCUGUUUUCUGUGGUUGAUACUGGGGUGGUUUCUCUCUAGAGGAAAUCGCACAAGUUCAUGUGCUGGACUAAGGUGUUUAUUCCCAACGGUCUUCUGCCAAAAGAUCACACACAGGAAAGUACAAAGUCAGCAGGGGCAGACUGGGUGCCAGAAAUCCCCAUGGGGGCAAGUCUGUGGCGGACCAGAAUCAGGAUUUAACCAUGCUUGCAGAUAUUUACAUAAAUGCAAUGUUCAAACUAUAGUGGGAACAGAGGGGGCACGACUCAUAUAUCAUAUAUCAGUCACAUUACCUGCAAUUAUUAGAAAGCUGUAAGGCACCCAUGAUUCUAAAAUUGAGGUGAGUUGGGGAUUCACCUUGUGGAUUUCAUUAAGGCCCACCUUCCCCCUCACCAUUUUAGCACUGCAUAAAUAUAUUUGCUUCCUUUCACAAGCUUUUAGGAAUUCUGCCAGGUUCUUUGCCAGAUCAUUGUUUUUUCAUUUCAUCUCAUUUCUUUUCAACUUUUAAAGAAGUUUCAUCUCUCCCCUUUGUCAGUCACUGAGCUUUAGUACCUUAAACUCUCAGCCUACUUUUCUUUUCUGUUACUGCUUUAUACUCUACCGGUUACCACAGUCAAAAUUCAUUUCCUUAAUAAAUACAUUGCAAUAUGUUGCAUCUGACAAGCCUCUGAGUUUAUUAUAAGACCAAAAUAGCCAAGCACAUUACGAUAAUUGCAUAUAUCAUUUCCAUAUUUCCAAUGCUAAUUUUGUAUGAGUGUUUCACUGUGGAUUUCAGUCAAAAAAGUUUCAGCUCAGCUGGGGCAUUUUGCUAGGUAUUUAAAAGGUUAUGUGUACAGGCCCACAGAAAACUAAUUUAAAUAAUUUUGCAUAUUGUUAAUUAGACAAUUAUAUGCAAAUUUUGCCCGGCAGAGGAAAACCCUGGUUCUUACUGUCAGGGAUUUCCUGGGAUCGCUACACUGUAUGUAGAUGGGACUCUCUGCCCUACCUACAAUUUGUUGCUAAAAGCUUUUGCUUAUCUACAUGUUAAAGCCAAAAUAAGUGUUUUCCAGCAUUCAGCAUUACUUCUGCCCCUCCAUCACACACAGAUUCUCCUUCUCCAUCCCAUCCAGCUCAUGUCGUAUACACCCAAAUCCCUUGUCAAUUGCAGUAUAGUACUGUCCACACUUGAUAUCCAGCAACCUCAAAUCAGCAUAAAUCACACUUUAACUGAUUCUCACCCAAAUCGUCCCCAAACAGAUUCUUUGCUUAAUGCACACCUCACCUCCACACGGACCCAAAUCAACCUUCAAUAAGGUUACUUCGAAUUAUCUAUCCAGUCAAAAUUAUAUAACCUGAACCCUGCUGUUUGAAAGUCCAGGUUUACUAUAAAUGUCGCACAGAGGUCAGAAGUGAGUUUAUAGAAAUAUAAACAGUUACACAAUCUCCUGGAAGGAAGCCGCAGCAGGAACACAGUAGGUCUGUGUAGGGCAAGCAUGGGAUUGUGCUGUUAUCAACUUUUAUUCCUGUAGAUCAGCCAGUAAUUCAGGUGAAGCUCCAGUGUUGCUGAAAUAGGGGGAAAGGCAGUUUCUCAUAAUUCCAAGGAUGAGAAACUAUGAAAUGAAAUUGUUUAAUAUACACUUUACUGCUGCUUCUCCUUUUGACCUGCAAUACUCUAUUGAGAGAUGCUUGUUCGACUAAUACGGUCAGUCUGUGAAGAAUGGAAUGCAAAAGCUUGGGUAUAACAAAAACAUUGUUUUCAGAAGCUCUUAUUGUAAUUUUUUCUAAAACAUUUGCUGAUUGACUGUGCUUAACUUCUGACACUGUUGAUUGGUGAAACCAAUAUUCAUAUUUAUUUAAACUAGAGCAGUCAAGCCCCAUGGCCCUCUAAAAUGGCACUACUGGCAUUCCAAGACCAGCUCUGUCUACCAUUCUUGGGAGAAGUUGCAAACAUAGGACAGAAGACAGACAAAGGUUUUGAAGAUAGUUGGAAGUCUGAAAGAGGUGCUGUUUCCCAUGAUAUACACACCUGGUUCCUUGCCUCCCCUCUUGCCACUGGAGACAAGGGUUGCCCAUUUCUAAACUGCUUGUAAAACCAGUUUGCUAGAAGCAACAGCGGAAUGAGGGAACACAUCAUGAGCUACUACCUUAAACUGUCUGAAAAAGCUAUCAUCUCUCUAGUUUUCCCCAGUAUAAUGCAUUUGGUAUAUUGCUGUUUUCACCAAUGUACACAUUUUUAUGCAUAAUCUCUCCUAAUAAAUGCAGUUUCAUACACAUUAUUUGUUUGGAGGACUAUGCAAGAUUUGGAGCAGUGGGAAUUUCAAAGGAUGAAUGUGUUUCAGUUCAUGCAUUGUUUCAGGAAGUGUUAAUUAGGUAGGGCAGAGUUUUCCAAACUCUGUGUUGCGACACAUUAGUGUGUCGACUGCAGUUUGUAGGUAUGUUGUGUGAAUGCUCCUCCCAGGGCAGGAAAGACGCUAAUUUAACUUCUGGUUUGCUAGUAAAACUGAGUUACUGUGUCACGAAAUGAGGCAUGUCUAAAAAGUGUGUCACCAACAUGAAAAGUUUGAAAAGCUCUGAGGUAGGGUUUGCCUUUAAAUAUGAACUGAUUGAAUCUCCCCCCCCCCCCAUAGUAAUAAUACUUCACCUUGUCUUCUAAAUUCCCAGAGUCUCCUUUUGCUGUUCCAAGUGAAGAUCAAGAAGCUGCUCAGCUAUUUGUCAUCUAAUCUGCCUGUCUCAUUUUCUUGCUCCUGUCCAGGGGCACUGAGUUUUGCCCGACACUGGGAGGGCUCAUCAUGUGUGUGGGGGGUCACAUGUGUGUCACACAUGUGAUGUCACACAUGUUGAGAGGAGGCUGUGAGGCUCCCCAAGAUUGGGGGGGGGGGCUCAGCCCUGUCCUCACAUACUUCGGGGUGGGGGAGUCCGAGGUGUCCUCAACCGCAUAGUAUUAGUGUCCAUGGUCCUGUCCCUGACUCGCCUUUCCUCUAAUUACCUCUCCUUUUGGUGUGCUGCGUUCUGAAGUUUGGAUUAUGCCUCCAGCUGCCAUGAUGGUGCCAUCAUUGGUAAUUGCUGAGCUUUCCUCCCAUUGGUAUUGAAGGUCACCAGGUUUGGUUAGAUCAAUAUUUAAAAGAACAUCACAUUCGUUAGUGAUGCCUAACGUAUGCCAUCUGUAAACAAUUCAGAAAGACAUCAUUCAGUUAAAAGUCAACAUGCAGACACAGACAGUAUUUCAUAUACUUGGUGCCAGAUUUUGAAAACUGUCCCACUGCUUCAGUCGGAGGGGUUGCAAAACUCAUAAUGAACAUGACGUGCAUUGAAUGAAUUCCAUUCUCUAAUUUGAACUCAUUCACUGUACAAUUCAGCAAAUGCUGUCUAGAUUCUGUUUAUCCAGGUACAACACUCCUAUUCAUGGCGACUCUUCCAGGAACUCUUAACUGUAAGAAGACAAAUGACUUCUCAUUAGUGUAAUUAUUAGCGGUUAGCCUUUGCACAGUCCAUUCAAAGCAUCUCAUGUAACAUUUCCUUGGUAACAUUGCAGAGUAGCAUCAUUUUUAAGACUAGAAACUCAGUAUAUUCAAUUUGAAAGGAAGGAUUGUUGCUCAUUUAUAUGGAUUCCCUUCUGAAUAAAUGCAUUUGGAGGCAGACAUAAGGAAACAAUCGAGACUCUGUUAACUGUAUUAUCAUAUGUUAUUAUAAAUAUACUAAUGGUGCAUUCCUAGCCACAAUUUCAUUAUUUAUCAAUUUAUUUGAUUUCUGGGAAAUGGUCUUAAGACAUCUGAAAUCAUUUUAUGUCUGAAAAUUAGGAGUAGUAGCCUUCACCAGUAACUAGAAUAGUAGGUAUUGAACAAAACAAAUAGGCCUGAUUUGCAUGUUAUGGUAAGCUAAACUUAAAUGUCAUAAGACACUCGUAUUUUGCUGCAUCAGACCAACAUUGCUACCCUUCCAGAAGUCUGUUAUUCAAAUAGUCUUCCCAUUUCAACCCAAUCCAAAAGAACUGUGCGGCGAGUUAUGGGUGGGCAAGCAACUUCUUCAAAAUCAUUCUCAUUACAACAAUUAGCAGUCAGAAUCCUGCCAUUUCCUUUGUCUGUUUGAAGAACUGAGCAGAUCCCCAAAGUAAGCAUAGGAUUUAGAAAGCCUACGCUUAUGUACAGGUGGUGCUGUGGUCUAAACCACAGAGCCUAGGGCUUGCCGAUCAGAAGGUCGGCGGUUCGAAUCCCCACGACGGGGUGAGCUCCCGUUGCUUGGUCUCUGCUCCAACCUAGCAGUUCGAAAGCACAUCAAAGUGCAAGUAGAUAAAUAGGUACUGCUCUGGCGGGAAGGUAAAUGGAGUUUCCGUUUACUGCUCUGGUUCGCCAGAAGCGGCUUUGUCAUGCCCAAAAGCUGUCUGCAGACAAACGCCGGCUCCCUCAGCCAGUAAAGCAAGAUGAGCACUGCAACCACAGAGUCAUCCGCGACUGGACCUAACGGUCAGGGGUCCCUUUACCUUUACGCUUAUGUUCAAGUUGGUUUUUAAGGGUAUGCAUGCACAGCUUUUGCUAGGUAGCUGCUGGAUCCUGUGCUUCUUAGAGGGCAACUUUUCAAGUAACUGUUGUGCCAUGCAUAAAAGAACGUUUACACAGGUGAUCGCCAAGUGCCCUUUGCCAUCAUCGUUCUCUUUAGAAUGUUCUCUUUCCUUCCCCCUUAAGCACUUCUGAAGAUAAAAAACUUAUAUAUGUAGUCUUCUGCUUUAUUUCUUAUGUGCCUCUCUUAUUGUUUUAGGAAAAGCAGCACUCAUAACUUGUUUACUUCUGCUUUGGAAAGCUAUAGUAGAUAAGGAAAUUAAUAAUACUUCCCCAGGGUGACACUACUUGAUCACAUUUUCUUAGCUUUACCUAGAGACUUUAAUCAUAAAUCUUUGUGUUACUGAAACAAAUAAUGGGAUGAACACAAUAGGGAUAACUGUGCACGUUGUGGCAUAAUUUAUUCUUUAUUGGCAAUUAGCUUUCUUAUAAUUUGUUGAUUUUGCCAAUUCACAGACACAGCUGAAUGUUUGACCCCAAAAUAAGUGGAAGACUGCUGCAUAAAUGGCAUGGGCAUGGCCUCAUUACUUCAUUAGUAGCUGGAGCAACUCAUAAACCUUGAUUUUUAUGUGAUUUAAAGAUAUGUCCAGAGAUGGUAACAAUUACAUUUUGAAUAUUGAAAUUGCUGAAGUUUGUAAUUAUCUGAUUUGUUAGUAUAUUUGUCCUGGUCAUAAUGCUCAGCUAUACAGUAUUCUGAAUCAAGAGUAAUUUCUCCCAGAAGUUCUUAUUUGGCUUGGAAUCUGAAAUAUGCCCUGUCACUAUUCAGCAGACGGUGUGCCCUAAGACAGCUGUUUGGGCACAUAUUCAGGAUUUAUUCAUGUCAAUCUCUUACUGUUGUUAGACCACUCAUUGAUUGCUAUGAGACUACACGAACUAUGAAGUCAGCUGUCAUGUAAUGUUAACCUCAUUCAUGCUUAAACGCAAGUAAACUUAAAUUACUGUGAACUGUGUAACUGCAUUACUUGACGAAGCACCCUUUUGUCUGAUGAACAUCUUCAUUGUUUCAUUCUUAGGUUUUGUGAAAUUAUAUGCUCCCAUCAUCCAGCUCUAAAGUCCUUUCUUGUCCAAAGGGGUGUUUCUUUUGGGUUUGAAUUUCAAGUUGUGCACUACCACGGUUGGUAGGUGCAAGACAGGUGAAAACAUACCAUAAUUCCCAGAGAUGAAUGCAAUUAUGUGUAUGUUACGGCACCAUCAGCACAUGUCAGGGCUGGUUCAGCUGCAAGUUCGCACAGAAACUCAGUAAAGUUGACCCUUUAUUCAAGGAAACAGAAUACAAACAGAGAACCUGUAAAUGUAAAAAAAAAUUGCAAGAAAAAUAUUGUUCUUCCCUUUUCUGUCCAUUAUUAACUUGCUAAAUUGUAGCAAAACUCUGUCCUCAUGUGGUCACCUUAUUCCAUUGUGCUUUGUUUCUUUAAAAUAAAUGAACUGAGGCUGCAAUCCUGAACACACUGACUAGGGAGUAAGGCCCAGCAGGUCUUACUUCUGAGUAAGCAUGCUUACGAUUGCAAUGUCACUCAGUGCCGCAUAAAUGCAGGCGAAAUUUAGAAUGCUGCAUUAAUGCACUAAUUAAUGAGCUCCGGGGAUGGAGCAAAUUAAAACUAUUUUUCAACGACUGUUUAACUCACGAAGGGGAAACUGCAGUAGAUAUAAAAGAUGAUGCUACCUAGGAAAGGCAGCUGGAAACUUGGCAAGCCCACGUUUAGAGGUUUCAUUUUUCAUUGCUUUUUCUGCAGAGUUUCAAUUCUUGCAGAAUGAAUCAGCCUAUAAAGUGUUGGGCAGAAACCUCAGUAUUCAUUAUGUGCUAGGUACAUUUACUAUUGUUUCUUCAUGAGAACAACACUUUUAUCAUUAAGUUAAUGUUAAGGAGGACUCUUUUAGUUUCCCCCAUUGCAGUUCCAAUCAGGAGUGCUUCUAGACUUGAAUGGGCUUUCCAAGCAAAGGGCCAGUAACUUCAGAAUUCUUCUGCAGAUUUACCACUGUGAGCUCCCCCCCCCAUUUACAACCUCCCACAAUAUGGAAACAUGGUGUUGUUCUAGGACAACGUGGGGAAUUUAAAGGGUGGGUGUCAUUUAACCACCUAGUGGUGGCGCUGUGGGCUAAACCACAGAGCCUAGGACUUGCCGAUCAGAAGGUCGGCGGUUCGAAUCCCCGCGACGGGGUGAGCUCCCGUUCCCUGCUCCUGCCAACCUAACACUUCAAAAGCACAUCAAAGUGCAAGUAGAUAAAUAGGUACCACUCUGGCGGGAAGGUAAACGGCGUUUCCGUGCGCUGCUCUGGUUCUCCAGAAGCAGCUUAGUCAUGCCAGCCACAUGACCUGGAAGCUGUACACCGGCUCCCUCGGCCAAUAAAGCAAGAUGAGCGCCACAACCCCAGAGUCAGCCACGACUGGACCUAAUGGUCAGAGGUCCCUUUACCUUUACCUAGCACUGGAGGAACAGGUGUGCAGGGGGAGCGCACCGCCCCUGGCGGCACGAUCCCGGUGGGGUGCCAGCGUGGCUGCUCCCCCUGUGCUGGGCACCACGCCCCUGCAGGCAGCGUGCCAUGCCCCCGGGAUGUGUGCCAGCCACGCCCCCACCUGCUUUCCACCCCCGCCGGAGCUUGAAGCUCUGCCACUGCCUAGUAGCCACCUGCUGCUAAAUCAAAACUAAGAUAGGAAAUGCAGGGGGAGAGAGAGAAGAUGGACCCAAUCAAGUGAAGGCAAGAGCACUCAUGGACCCUUAGCAGUUGCCUGAGUAUGCUGAGUGCAUGAUUCCCCAAAAACGCAUUGUUUGCUGUAAUAAAAUAAUGCAACUUUCUCUUACCGCUCAUUUUCCCUGAAUAAGGGAUCCUUGCUGUGAUCUUGCUAUGUGCAGGUGGAUCACCCAGCUAAGCUGAGCAGCUGCAAUGCAACACUCCGCUGGGUAUGCCACGUCUGAUUGCAGGCAGAGGUCAGAAACAUACCUAAAAGAAAAGACAGAUCUUCAGGCACCACAGGGCACAGAACACACUUUGCUGUGUAAAGUCUUGCUGCAAGGAAAUAAUUUCAGGAUGAUUGCAUGGCAACCACAUGGGGUUUUAUUUAUGUCACUGGACACGUGCGAUGUAAAAACUCAUAUUCCUCCUCAACAGGAGGGUGAGCUGACUGUAACAUAUCUCACCACGCUGAUCACCAGGCUUCAUUUGGCUGAUAGGGCUGGCUAGGCAUAUGUCCAUGUACAUCCAUCUCGAAGUUGCAUGCUUUGUGGAAGAGGAUGGCCAUCUCAUAUAGAGUUCCAGGGUUUUUGACAGCUGCUAGAACAGGGGUUGGCAAGGUUUACCUCGCCUGGGCCGGUUCACUCCAGCAGAGUUCCCUCUGUGGACCGGAUUGCAAGCGAGCGUGCGAGCGAUUUCCGGCAUCUGUGCAGACAUGAAUUCCGGCGCCGCAGAAGCAAGUCGCCGUGCCAGUUUAGCGCAAUGCGCAGGGACUUGCCUAGCGGGUGGCACAGUUCAGGGGCAGCUUGUGGGCCUGUUAAAUGACGGCUGUGGGCCGCUUGUGGCCCAUGAGCCUUAGGUUGCAGACCCCUGUGCUAGAACCUCCAUGCAAGCUCAUAUAUUCCUCCUUCUACUUUAUAAAUUUUAUUCCUCCUUCUACUUUAUAAAUUUCUCACUAGAGAGUUUGACACAUCUGUAUGGGUUUUUUAAAGUGAUAUUUUAAAUAAUUUUUGAUAAUGAUUUUUAAGUUCAUUUAUUGUUUCUAUUUUGUUACAGAGAUCCCAGAAGAUCCAGUCAUUGCAGAAGAGUAUUAUAAUGAUGCAUUCGAUUCAUGCUCAGAAACAAGUGAGGAGGAGGAGGAGGAGGAGGAGGAGGAGGAGGAAGAGAUAGAAGUCGAAGAGAUGGUCACAUCACACACUGUGUGUCAAACAAACCGGCAGGUAUACACUUGCUUUGCAGUUGCCCAUUGAACAUAGACUGUUAAGACGGCACUAAGUAAACUUGCAGUGGUACCUUGGUUUAAGAACAGCAUAUUUCAUGAACAACUUGGAUUCAAGAACACUGCAAACCCGGAAGUAGGUGUUUUGGUUUGUGAACUUUGCCUUGGAAGCAGAACAUGUUCCGCUUCCUGUUGAGUGUGUUCCAUUUGUAAAUUGAGUCCCUUGCUGCUAUGGGAAAGCACGCCUUGGUUUAAGAACGCUUUGGUUUAAGAAUGGACUUCCGGAACGGAUUAAGUUUGUAAACCAAGAUACCACUGUUUUGAAAACUCCUCAUUGUAGGCUGCAACAUACAUAUGGUUCCUCACUUUUAUUACUGCAACUUGUAUUCCCUCCCCCUUCCUAAUCCAAACUUUUCCUUUGAUUUCCAUGUAGAAUGUAAAGGAAUUAUAUAAUCACGAGUGGCAGUUAAUUGUGUUUUGAACAGGAUUGGCUGCGAUUCAGUAUUUCCAAAGGCAUCCAAUAUAAAAUAGUAUUUUGAACAAUACCGAGUUAAAUUCGGGACUGGCAGUCAGACUGGGACAGAGUGACAUUUUGUCAAGCCUUCACGGUUCACAUUUUGUCAUGUCUUUGUGGUUCACAUUUCUGUGACAAGAAAAAUUAGGGGAGAAAUGGAUGUGAUUUUAUUGACACCUCUGCCAGAAUUUGAUUCUACUGUUUGUGCCUGUUAGUUUUCCACCCAGUGCACACACAUAAAUUUCUCUGUCAUUAAUGGAUGAAGCAACUCUACAAUCAGGCGAGAGCUAUACAACCCUGGCACAUUUGCAUCUAGCACCUUAUCAAUAAAACAAGACAGUCUCAUCACCUUUCCCUUAUGUCAGCGUAUUUGAUCUUUUCCUUCUUCUAAAUCUCCAUUCUUCAGCAUCAAACAAACCCUUGUUUUCAGCUUUGUAAACUGAAAACGUUGCAGCCUGGGCCAAAAAUGAUCACCGGUGAUGAGACAGGCUAGAUGCUACUAUGGGGGGGGGGGGGUUAAAGUUUUCUCUCCACACAAUCACAAUUUAGAAGUGGCUGCUUACCCAGAAUUGGGUGAAAGGGUGUGAAACAAAAGUCUCUGGUCUUCCUUGAGAUUGCUUACCUUUCUUUUAUUCCCCGUUCAGCUUCUGGUUCAUCCUUUGGAGGCUGAAUCUGUUCAAAUCUGUCUCUGUAAUGGUGGCCCCUGGCCCUCACAGUAUGUUAAGCACUGGUUUCUCCUUGAACUGAAUAGACAAUGUUAAUAGCAGCAGGGCAGAGCAAGGUUUAUGGGUGAACAUAGAAAUAAUAUUGGUGCAGAAAGACCAUAUUAACUACCUAGAGCAGCCAAACAAUGCUUAUCUAACCCCUGAGCAGAAUGAAUAUCCGCUGUGCAUAUCUAGGAGGCAUAGUUAUUCUGUACCAAUGGUAAAAAGUUAAAGGGACUCCUGAACAUUAGGUCCAGUCGUGGCUGACUCUGGGGUUGCAGCGCUCAUCUUGCUUUAUUGGCCGAGGGAGCCGGCGUACAGCUUCCGGGUCAUGUGGCCAGGAUGACUAAGCCGCUUCUGGUGAACCAGAGCAGAGCACAGAAACGCCGUUUACCUUCCUGCCGGGGUGGUACCUAUUUAUCUACUUGCACUUUGACGUGCUUUCGAACUGCUAGGUUGGCAGGAGCAGGAACCAAGCAACGGGUGCUCACCCCAUCACAGGGAUUCGAACCGCCAACCUUCUGAUCGGCAAGUUCUAGGCUCUGUGGUUUAACCACAGCGCCACCCGUGUUCCCUGUACCAAUGGACUGGGACUCAAAACAAAUUUGUUGGCAUAAACCAUAUUCUCCUUCUCUCUCACAGGACUGGCAAAAGACUUAAAACAGUGGUGUACAGUGAUUUCUGAUGAUUGUAACGUUUGCCUCUUAGCAUUUCUCUCUCUCUCUAACAAAUACUGCUCAUUUGGUGAUGUUCCCAAGCCCAAGGUCUCUUUGUUUUCCUUCCGACUACAGGACAGUGAUGUUGAAGCAAUGGUCAGGUACAUGGAGAACAUCCUAAACACCAGCUGUCUAGGUAAGAUGAUGUGCCCUCAAUUUAGGAACAGUUUGAUAACAAUACUGAAUAUUGAACUGAUUUUUCUGUCUCUCCACGACACUCAGAAGACCCAUAAACACAAAUGGUGCUUCUUCUGUCAACCUUUACAGACCACACAUAAAUGUCUUUCGUUUGAAAGAAAAGCUCAUUUCCAAUAACAUCAGCUCCAAAACUAGCAUUGGAAUCUUUUUAAGUCUGCAAGCUUAACAGAAAGAAUACUGAUCAUAAGGAAUAUUUGAUUUCAGACUAGUAUUAUUAUGAAUUUCUUUUAUUUAUUUCAUUAUUAUUUUUGCUUUUCUAUAUUUAGUAUGUGGUGCACAACAACAAAGUUAAAACUGUGACAUUAGAAACCAUAAGUAACCAUUAAAAAAAGAAUAAUUGGAUUCAUGGGUAGGAAAAACUUGAUUAAAAUAAAAUUUUACCAUUUAUCUUUCAUCACAUUAAGGUCAUACUCAAUUGAUUCCAAUGGAUAUUAGCAUAUGUUGCCUUGAAAGAAAAAAACAUUAAAGUCAAUUCAUUUGGAAUUAAUUUGGGAUUGGAUACGAUCCAUCACACUCUUUUAAUAUAUCACAUUUCCCCAUAGACAAGUUUGUAACAAGUGUAGAUUUAAAUGUGCAGGACUUAACUCCUAAAUUCCUGCCUAUGUUGUUUAGCUGUGUGUUUAGUCACUGUAUAUUUUUACUUAAUAUAUAUAUAUAUUAUUUUACUGUAUACAUAUUACUUAAUGUAUUUACUUAAUAAAUUGACUGCAGUCCAUGAAAACUUAUGCCAUAAGAAUUGUGUUAAUUUUUUAACUCAAGAUUAGCAAAACUCGUUGUUGCUUUUGCUGCAAGAAACUGGCAUAGCUAUCUGCGGACAGGUAAAUCAAAUUAGAAGUUGCCCACUAAUGGCAUUUAAGGAUACCAUUCAUUGGAGGGCAAGCUGAAUCAAAAACAAGAUGGGGAACCAUUAGGCAGAACUGAAACACGGCAAUUAUCCAUUUCUUCCCCCACCCCGCCGCACAAAUCGGCACACAACUUUGGCACUGGUUUGGAAUCAAUCAGGCAAAGUUAGGUUUGGGGGGCAUUAAGUCGUGACCCCAAUUUGAUUUGCCAAUUACUCAGUUUGGGAGGCAGCACGAAACGCGGGGUUUGCGGCACAAAAUGGCUCAAAACUUGCACAAAACUUUGGCACCAGGUUUUUUUUUGGGGGGGGGGGCACCUGAAAUUUCAGGGUCACAGGUUAAUAGAGCUCCAGAAAUGAAUGUUUCUCUCCAUAAGGUUCCAUGCAUCGGUGGAGGGUCAAAACCACAUUUGAUUGUCUUGUUGUUGUUUAGUCAUUUAGUCGUGUCCGACUCUUCGUGACCCCAUGAACCAGAGCACGCCAGGCACUCCUGUCUUCCACUGCCUCCUGCAGUUGGGUCAACUCAUGCUGGUAGCUUUGAGAACACUGUCCAACCACCUCGUCCUCUGUCACCCCCUUCUCCUUGUGCCCUCCAUCUUUCCCAACAUCAGGGUCUUUUCCAGGGAGUCUUCUCUUCUCAUGAGGUGGCCAAAGUAUUGGAGCCUCAGCUUCACGAUCUGUCCUUCCAGUGAGCACUCAGGGCUGAUUUCCUUAAGGAUGGAUAGGUUGGAUCUUCUUACAGUCCAUGGGACUCUCAAGAGUCUCCUCCAGCACCAUAAUUCAAAAGCAUCAAUUCUUCGGUGAUCAGCCUUCUUUAGGGUCUAGCUCUCAUACAUCACUACUGGGAAAACCUUUAACUAUACGGACCUUUGUCGGCAAGGUGAUGUCUCUGCUUUUUAAGAUGCUGUCUAGAUUUGUCAUUGCUUUUCUCCCAAGAAGCAGGUGUCUUUUAAUUUCGUGACUGCUGUCACCAUCUGCAGUGAUCAUGGAGCCCAAGAAAGUAAAAUCUCUCACUACCUCCAUUUCUUCCCCUUCUAUUUGCCAGGAGGCCAUGAUCUUACUUAAGUUUCUAAGCGAACUCAAAUCCACAUCUGCCCAGGUUUAGGAGUUAAACCGAGCAUGUUCUUUUCUGAUCCAGCUGAUGUGUACACAUUUGCAUUGCACAUUUGGAGGGUGGAAUUUUGUGUGUGCAAUUGGGAGUUUUGUAAAUGCAAAGGCUCCAGAGCUAUCAGGAAUAGGAAGUAGGCAAGAGGGAGAUAUUAAACAAGUAGAUAAACAAACUAAGUAAAUUGAGUGAGAAGCCACCUUGGAAAUUAAGGGGUAUAUAAAUCAAUACUUUAAUAAUUAAGUAUGCUGGUUUAAUUUGCUUUUUAUUUUUAUGGAAAUCCCAAUUUCUUUUAUUUUCAUUUGGUUUUGGGGGGGGGGGGUUUGGAUAAUGAAAAAGAAAUGUGUCCAUUUCCAAUUUGCCACUAAUUUGCAUACAGUCCCAUGGGAAUUAAAUCAUUCAGAUACAAAAUGAAAAAGCUGCAAAAGGUGCUUGUAGCCAUUUAACACCAACUGAGUAUAUUGUCCACUUCAUUAUAUAACUUAAUUAAAUAAGAGAUUACAGCUUUAGGCCUGCAAUGUAGACAAUGCAUCAUCAGGAGCCAAGAAAAGAUGUGAUACCAACAGAAGAAACUGGAGUGGUUUUUUGGUAGCCAUGUGUUAAAUAUUUGUGCCAGUGUAUCUCCCUGAACACUGGAUCAUAGUCUAGUUAGAACAGGGGUAGCUAUUGUCAUGUCCAGGAGUGACCCAAGACAUUUUGGCACCUAAAGCAAACCACAAAAUGGCAUCCCUCUCCCUGCCAGGGAAGAAGGGCUGGGUGAAUAUCUAAAUCAGGAACAAAGCAGGGAGGGAAGAAAGAUCUACAUCAGGCACUGCUGCCCCUGUAGAUCCUGCUGCCUGAGGCAGUUCCUUCACCUUGCCCUAUGGGUGGACCGGCCCUGGUGGUGUGAUCCAGAUGUUGUUGGCCAACAGUCUGGGAUUAUUGGAGUAUACUCAACACCUGGAGCGCAUCACAUUAUUUAACCGUGGGUUGGAGUGUCAGACUAGGACAAAAGCGAGCCAGGUUCAAAUUCUUGGUUAGCUAUGAAGCUCUCCGGGUGACUGGGCCAGUCACUCCCUCACAGCCUGAUCUACCACACAGGGUUGUUAGGAGGAAAAAAUGGAGGGGAGGGAAGAGCUCAUUGGAGAAUAGGCAGGAUAUAAAUAAACAAUACCUAUGUAACAUCCGGGGAUAUCUUGUUUUCUGUUAACUGAACAAUGUGUUUGUGACAUAGUGGGGAUUGCCAAUACCAAUCAAUGCCCCUUCCUGGAGAGCUGUAUCCUUUCUCUAAAAUACUUUAAAGCUUUUACAUUACGAUCUUUCUACAUAGUUAAAAAGCCUAUCUUGCUUUAGAUGUCAUAUUAUUGGUCAGACAGCAUCUCUCUCUCAAAAUACCAUUUCGAGAACUUCUGGACUUUUGUACGUAAAAGUUAAAGCAUUCUACUUGCCAGUGAGAAUCACAGCCUCCAAUUAAAGCGCAAACAUAGUCCUUUUUGGGCUACAAAUUUUUGAUAUGCCAGCAACCUGUACACAUGGUGAGCCAUCACACAUAUUAAAUAUGUAGUUAUUUUCUGACACGACAGUUUGUGACAUUGGACUGGUGCUUAAGUUUAGCAUUUUCUAGUGAUUUUCUAGUGUUAAAUCCCCAUCCUCGCCCUCCCGCACUUCAUUUAUGAUUUAUCCGUGUAUUAGCUGAUAAGAACAGCCUUCAAACAAAAGGAACAUUGCAUUUGGUGUGUGGGAGGCUUAAAUGGUGUGCUUGUGCUGUUUUGUGUCAUGUGCGUAAAGCAGUUGGUGGAAUUUAAAAAGAUCAAUGUUCAGUUCAUUAACAUUAAUGAAUGCUAAUGUUCAUUAAACAUUUAUGGAUUGCAAGUUGCAAAACGAUGCAAUGUAGCUAUAAUGAAUGGCCCAAUGUGACUGUUUUUGUAUCUUCUACAGUGCUCAAGUUAUGUAACAAUGGGAUGUAAUGCUUUGUGUAGAAGCUUAUCUUGUCCCCACUAAUUUUACUAUACAAACGUUUUCAAAAGUGAUCUUGCGAGCAGAGCGCAGAGGCAAUGCACAAUGAAGGUGAUCCAUUUUAUAGUCACAUAAUGUCUCCACGAGAGUAUAAAUUUACAUGAAUUGGAACGAGUUUUGCAGUAUUAAGCAAGAACUAUUUUUGGCCUUCAUUUUGCUGAUGAAACAUCUCGAGCCGAUCAAAAACGUUUUGUUGUCCCCAGCGUUCUUUGAGAACAAAUCUGUGCUACCCAAAGUGUACUUCUGAAGAAAUGGUGCUGUUGAAUCAGCUUUUGAAUCUAUGCAGGAAAGAGCUCACAGAUUUAGCUGCCAGCAGUUACUAUAAAAGCAGUAUUAACACACCAGCAAUACAGCAGCCUCAUAUGGUUAGAAAGUUGUAACACUUGGGUCGAUGUCCGGGGCUAGGUUCAGUGUCUAGGGGAUAUUCUUCUUUUAUUGAGUUCUGGCUCCUGCCUCCACCCAGGAAACCUGGGACUCCAGUUUGGAUGUCUAAACAGCAGUCAUUCAACAACACACACUCCUAGGAUGUAUGUUCCAGCAAAAAGGCUGCAACAACAACUGGGGUGCAUUGCAAUAAGGAAUUCCAACCAGCAGAAAACAGCAGUGAAGCUCCUCUAGCUCCAAGCCAAUAGGAAGCACUAAGCCAGGUCCAAGGUACUUGGGUAGCCCUAUGCUUCCCCUCCUAGGUAUGUUUUCAUCAAAUAGUGACUCAGAAAGUAAAGGUAAAGGUAAAGGGACCCCUGACCAUUAGGUCCAGUCGUGGCCGACUCUGGGCUUGCGAUGCUCAUCUCGCUUUAUUGGUCGAGGGAGCCAGCGUACAGCUUCCGGGUCAUGUGACCAGCAUGGCUAAGCCACUUCUGGCGAACCAGAGCAGCGCACGGAAACGCCGUUUACCUUCCCAUCGGAGUGGUACCUAUUUAUAUACUUGCACUUUGAUGUGCUUUCGAACUGCUAGGUUGGCAGGAGCUGGGACUGAGCAACGGGAGCUCACCCCAUCACUGGGAUUUGAACCGCCGACCUUCUGAUCGGCAAGUCCUAAGCGCUGUGGUUUAACCCACAGCACCACCCACGUCCCUGAUUCAGAAAGUAAAGCCUAGCAAUUCCAUGUUUUGAGCAUUCAGUAGGAGAGUGUUAAAGGUAAAGGGACCCCUGACCAUUAGGUCCAGCCACGGACGACUCUGGGACUGCAGCACUUUACUGGCAGAGGGAGCCGGCGUACAGCUUCCGGGUCAUGUGGCCAGCAUGACUAAGCCGCUUCUGGCGAAACCAGAGCAGUGCACGGAAACUCCAUUUACCUUCCCACCGGAGCGGUACCUAUUUAUCUAUUUGCACUUUGACGUGCUUUCGAACUGCUAGGUGCGCAGGAGCUGGGACCGAACAACAGGAGCUCACCCCGUCGCGGGGAUUCGAAGUUCAAACUUCCCUCCCCUUCACCAAGAGAAAAGUGAAUCCAGUCUCUCCCUGUUGUCCAGAGGUCACUUCUACUUAAGGGCAAACCAGCAUCCAGCAGCACUCUUGCCCAGGCUAUAGUUAACUGUCAAGAUGGCAAAAGUGGCCCAGGCACCCUUCUGUUUGUUAAUAUAUUCCAACAGUUACAGCAAAACAUGUGCAACUCUAUCCAACAUGCAAAAGGAUGUGGCAUGCUAGGCUCAGGUGCUAUGUUUUCUCUGCACUUUCUGCUUCUGCUGUGUGGUGGAGUGUACAGUGGUGCCUCGCAAGACGAAAUUAAUCCGUUCCACGAGUCUCUUCGUCUUGCGGUUUUUUCGUCUUGCGAAGCACGGCUAUUAGCGGCUUAGCAGCUAUUAACGUCUUAGCGGCUAUUAACGGCUUAGCGGCUUUAAGAAAAAGGAAACAAACUCGCAAGAACUCGCAAGACGUUUCGUCUUGCGAAGCAAGCCCAUAGGGAAAUUCGUCUUGCGGAACGACUCAAAAAACGGAAAACUCUUUCGUCUAGCGAGUUUUUCGUCUUGCGAGGCAUUCGUCUUGCGGGGCACCACUGUAAUGCUACAAUAUGACAAAAAGGGGGAAGGGGUUAAGGAAGAGCUGCAGAAACUAAUCAGGGUCUAUGAACAGAGCGCAACCCAAAUCCCCACGGUGCUUGUAGAAAUCCGUUCCAAGACUUCACACGCAACCCAUCUCUGUAAAGCUCCAUAACAAUGAAUGAGCUGGUUUCUAACUUUAUAAACUGAGCUAAAUUAUUUGUGCAAGAUACAUACGUUACUGGAGAGGGCAAUAAUGUUGCAAUCAGGAACAGGUUUUGUUGAUCCAAUAGCCAGCACGAAGGCAAAAACCUAAUAAAAAAAAUGGGUUAUUUAGUCCAACUUUCCAGAAAGGCUGAGAAGGAUGCCUUUAAUAACAUCUCACGUUAAAGGAAUCUGAAGUAUUAUAGGGAUAAAAAUCCAUUGCUAGAAUAAGAGUGUGCAGACUACGCAGAUCACAGCGACACAUCCUGCAAAUAUAUAUUCUUUAUAUUUUGCCAUUAAAUUAAGACAUCAUGUCCAUGGUGGACUAAAACAACAUCAUCAUCAUAUAGCUUAAGACUGAUUUUGAUCUGUAUUUGGACUCUUAAGCAUAUACACAUAUGUCUUAAAGGUAGACUGUGACGGGAAGAUUAAGUUUAACCUUUUAACUGGUCAAAGGUAUUUGUUUACUUGUAGCAUAGCUGCUUUUCCCACACUCCUCAUGCACCAAUGGAGCUCCACCAAUCUUCGUGGUUUCUAGAAAAAUCCUCUGACUGCUACUUCUCCAGCUGUGCUUUCAAUAUUUGAUGAAAUUUGAAAAACUGAAAAAUAAAAUAAUAAAAACCCAAAUUUGCUUCUUUGUGCAGUUUCUCCUAUCGUUAUAAGAGUCCCCCUUCACAAAAACAUCUUUUACAAGACAUGGUGUAGAUCUGGCAUGUGCUAUCAUACUGAAACCGUCGCUGUCCCUGCUGAGCCAAGUUGCCUUAAUGCGUAUUUAAUAAGCUAAUUCGUCUUUAAUCAAGGCAGCGCUUCCCCGUGACAAAGGUGAAUUGCUAGCCUUUUCUUGAUUGUCCUUGAAUAGCGCUAUGGAUCUGUAGUGAUGGCUGAGGGGAGCAAGGUGAAUGAGGUUGUCCAUCUCUGCAUUGAUCUGUAGGCACUGGGACUGUCACCAGAGCGACUCCGCUGGGACCCGAACGAUCUGGAGUGCUGAGCGGCACCACGGCUGAAACCAAGCUGAGGAGCAUGAGGGAGUAAGUUGCCUUUUUAGAGAUGCUAGUUUUUGCAUGCAUAUAACAAAAAAAACAACUUUGAUUCCAGAAUAUUAAGAUUACAACCACAUCUUUUCUAGCAGCAGUUACGUAUUACUUAAGGAUGUUUUCUCUCUUAUUGUCUGUCAUUUCUUUUGAAGUGAGACAUCAUCUUGUCGGUCUCUGCCUGUCUCUAAACUGGUAAUUUUAUCCUUUUGCGUUAUUAUCUCGGUGCAAAUCUGAUCAAUCAGCUUUACAUAGCCAUGUUCAAAACACUGCUUUUAAGGUUGCCUGCUCUCUUUGACUGUGUGCAAUCCUCCUUCUUUUGUAUAUAAUUGUUAUUUAAUUUUCUGUUUUGCAAUUUAAAACACUCGUUUUACAUCCUUAAAAUAUCAAUGACUUCCCUUCUUCUCUUUCCAUGGUUCAUUUAAAUAUUACAAAUCCCUGCAUAUUUUACAAACCUAUACCAUUCAGUAUUCCAUUAUUGCAUCCAUCAAAACUUAUUUACCCUGUUGAAUUUAUCUUAACGCUGCCAGUGUUUUCAGCUGUACACAAUUAUUUCCCAUAUAUUCAAUAAACGUUUUCCAAUCUUCUCUAAACGUACGUUCUUCUUAUUCUCUUAUUCUAUAUGUUAUGUCUGCAAGUUGUGCAUAUUCUGUCAACUUAAGCUGUCCUUCUUUGGUUGAGACCUUGCUCAUUUUCCAUUUUUGGGCUAACAAAACACGGGCCGCAGUAGUAGCAUACAUAAAUAACCUUCUUUGACACAUGGGAAUUUCAGUCUGAAUUAUACCCAACAGAAAGGAUUCUGGGUUUUUUGGGGGGGGGGGGGAAGUACUUUUAAACAAUUUUUCAAUUCAUUAUGGAUCAUUUCCCAAUACUCUUUUACCCCUUUACAAGUCCACCACAUAUGAAAAAAACGUUCCCUCCACCUCUUUGCAUCUCCAGCACUUAUCCGAUUCAGUCUUAUAUAUCUUAGCAAGGCUACUUGGAGUUAAAUACCAGCUGCGUGCAAUCCUAUACACGUCUGUUCAGAAGUAUGCUCCAUUGAGUUCAAUUAACUUUUUCCCCAAGUAAGUGGGAACAGGACCAGGGCUCCCUCCCCCACAGCCAGAACUCACCAAAUCUGGUUCCAGAACCUCUCAGGUGGGCACCAUUGCUAUUAAAAGAGAACAAGGUGAGUUUUCUAGGAAAGUGUUUUCUCUUUUUCUAGAAAAGGGCACUGAAUAGGAUUGCAGCUAGGCAGAGCAAUCCUGUUGGGGAGAAGCAGAGUGAUGGAUCUCUUGCAGAAGCAGAGUGCUAUGGAGUCAAUCCCAAGCUACCAGUGUCCCACCCCAAGCUUCCUGCUUGCUACUGCUGGUGAGAGUAGUUUUUGCCCACAGCUGGGGCAUCUGCCACAGCAGAGCCUCCCCACCAACGGGACUGCUCUCGGCCAGGCACCUAUGCAGAUCCUAAUCCCUCUCCCCCAGCCGUCAACAUCGUGGGGAGAGUAGGGUUGUGUUCAACAUAACACUCUCUCUCUAAAUCUGUGAGCCACAUUUAAAAGCCUUUCAGAACCAUUGGCAUAAGGCCGCUCCACUUUCCUGUGGGGCAGUGUUGCGGGCAGGCCACACACUCUCCCCAUGCACAGCAGGGGCGUGGCAGUGCCCCUGCGUGAUAGGGGAGUCCCGGCCACAUCAUGCCCCCCAGCUGACCAAUCCAGUUGGCCGGGGGCGUGGCUUACCGUACCUAAGCAGCUGCGCCACCAGGGGAUUUCCCUCUUGGUUCUUCCUUCCCCUACUGGUGGUUGACCCUUACUGGACUACCUGCAUGGCGGGCAGGAGUCAGAUAUACAGUGGUACUUCAGGUUACAUACGCUUCAGGUUACAGACUCCGCUAACCCAGAAAUAGUACCUCGGGUUAAGAACUUUGCUUCAGGAUGAGAACAGAAAUCGUGCUCCGGCGGUGCGGGGGCAGCAGGAGACCCCAUUAGCUAAAGUGGUGCUUCAGGUUAAGAACAGCUUCAGGUUAAGAACGGACCUCCGGAACGAAUUAAGUAUGUAACCAGAGGUACCACUGUAGUCGAUUCAAUUCCAAUGCCUAAGCCAAUACCACUCACAUUCUGUAACCAAUAAAGUUGUGGUCUUAAUUAGAACAUUAACCUAAAAUACUGGUGUCCAUGUGUUUUAUUAUUCAACAAAUGGGGGAGGGCUUGGGACCUUGACACACAAUAGCCAUUGGGAGGCAACAUGAGCUGAGUCCUCUAAACUGCUGUUGGCUGCCUCCUGGCUGAUUAAUGGGAGCUGAACUUUAUUCUUGGGACUUAUCUGUGGCUUCAUGAUUUGGGCCCUUGUGUGUGCCUGACUACAGAAUAACAAAACUUGCAUAAUCGGCUUAGGCAUUUAUACCACUCUCUUUCAGUGAUGGAAUCAAAAGAAAGGGAGGAAAAUGACUCUAAAUACAUGGCAUCUCAUGUUCUUUUUACAAAGAAAUCUAAGAAUACAUGCAAUAAGCUCAGAGUUUAAUGGCAGUGAAUUGUAUAGUGCAGUUUAAAUAUUCAAGAACAUGUAGAUGGGUACAAUGGAAAAGCUUUCAUGGACCAAAAUGUAAGUAAAUUAAGAUUUUGCAGCACAGCAGUGACUGCUUCUCGUUCAGUUCCCAGUGUCUUCCACUCAGCAGCGCACCAGGAUCAGGCACAAGGCAUCAUCAUUACCUGCUGAGUCUAAGUAAAAUUGUCUUUCAGAAGCUGCAAAAGAAAGGCAUUUUGUGAUAUUUUUGUUCUUCCACCAUGAAUGCCCAUGUUUCUUAUUGCUUGAGAUCCAGAAGGAUUAUGUAUUUAAGACCCUUAGGCCAAUGGCGUUGGCAUCAAAUGCCCAUGUCUCUUAAAAAAUCAGAAAGAAAGGUCAUGUUGAAGUAAUUGAUUGAGCACGGCAUGAUCUUUAAGAUUAGCUGACAGCUAGCUAAGAAAAAGUCUACCUUUCCGUAGCAAAGCAGUACAUAGUCCAUGUGAGUGCUUAGAAUAAUGUUGAGACUUUCUAAAUAGCUUCAAUGUGCUCCUGUUGAGCUCAAAGGUUGUUUUACUAUUGAUUUCAGUGAGAACCCCCCCUAACCAGUUCUUGGGCAUAAAAUCUUUCCAAUAACCACAUUGAAAUAAAUCACUUUUAUGUAUGUUUUCUUUCUAUCAGCAAAUUUCAUAGUGUAAUUUAAGUCUGUUUGCCCUCUUCGGGCAGGCGACUUUGUGUGGGCAGGUAUGGUGUCUUCCCUGCAAACUGGCCUAUUGCCAGCCAGAUCAUAAUCCUACCACAAAAUUGGCCAACGGCAGCAGGAAUCCAGGGGGCGUUACCUGGGCGAGGUGUCAACUGACCAGUAGUGGUGCUUGAAUGCCCAGAGGGGGGCUAGGGCCAUACCACUCCUCCAACAGGGACCGUUUGGGGCCUGCCCCGAUUUGACGUGGGUCAUAGGACGUUCCCCCCAUCCUGCUGCUGCUGGCUUCACCCUUAGAAAUCACUUACCUCAAUGCCUAUGGCCAAACCUUUCACAUCUGUAACCAAUAAAGUUGUGGCCUUACUUGAUUCCAAAACUCAAUACAGUGGUACCUCUGGUUGUGAACGGGAUCCGUUCCAGAGGCCCGUUCGCAACAUGAAAAUAACGCAACUACAUCAGGAACAAGCGGGAUUGGGUGGAAUAGAGAUCUGCCAUUAGGAACUAGAGGGGGGGGGGUCCAAAUCAACCUUACUCCAUGGCUGAAGUGGGAAUCACAGCAGAACAAUCCACAGUUUAUUUCAACACACUAAUUCAUGUUUGUUCUGAUGGCACAGAAAAACGGUCAUCAUUGCUGUCUAUCAAACAUAUAAGCGUCUUUUCAACCUCAGGCUAUUAUUCUGGUGUUCUGCAUUAUUAUUCCACUGUAAUAUGUAAUUGAUUUGACAGCAAAUCUUUUUAUCCUUGGUAGAAAAUUAUACUUCUAAACAUAUAUUUUUCAGGAAUGGGGUUUGGAGUGUGCGUGUGUAAGCUUCAGAAGAGGGAGCAGCCUUCUUUGCCUUCCCCUUGUUCUGUUCUUAAAAAUUAGCUAGGCAUUUAUGUUGCAGGUCAAAAAAGAGCAAAUGGCUUAUACACACUAUAUAUCAGAGGUGCCGCACUUUUGGGGGGCUGUGGGACACACAAUCCACGAUCAGCCCAUGGAGGGGUGGUAUUAUUGUUAUUAUUAAUAAUAAAGUUUAUAUACCACCCUUCCUCGGAGGAUGAACAGCACUGGCAGCUUCCCAUAGCACUUCCCUGAACUGAGAGGACCAAAGUUGUGCCAUGAGGCUGGAAGUGCUACAAUCUUUGUCCACGUUGCCUCUAGUUCACAACAUAGCGUUGUUGCAGGGUAAUGUUAUCAAUGCCACAAAUAUUUUGGGAGAAGUAGCAUGUCAGUGGCUCCAGCCACGUGACGCAAUUUUCCUCUCAGAACCUGGCCCCGAUUUUUUAAAAAUUAAAUUACAGUACAACCUCUACUAACGAUCAUAAUCUGUUCUGGAGGCCCAUCUGCUGGGCAAAACCGGACGCUAGUAAAGGCGCUGUUGUGCGUGUGCACAUUCGGCGGCAGCGCGCUUCUGCGCAUGUGUAGGCGGCGACGGCGGCUUUUGCGCAUGCACAGAUGGCAUAACCCGCUUCUGCGCAUGCGCGAAUUGCGGCAAACCUGGUGUUUACUUCCGGGUUUGCCACGGCCACAACUUGGAACGUCUGUGAGAAGAGGCGGAUGUAAGUCGAGGUUCCACUGUAAUAGGGCUUAUGUAAGCAUGGUGGGGGACACGGGUGGCUCUGUGCGUUAAACCACAGAGCCUAGGACUUGCUGAUCAGAAGGUCAGCGGUUCGAAUCCCCGUGAUGGGGUGAGCUCCCAUUGCUUGGUCCCUGCUCCUGCCAACCUAGCAGUUUGAAAGCACGUCAAAGUGCAAGUAGAUAAAUAGGUACCGCUUUGGCAGGAAGGUAAACGGCGUUUCCGUGCGCUGCUCUGGUUUGCCAGAAGUGGCUUAGUCAUGCUGGCCACAUGACCCGGAAGCUGUACGCCGGCUCCUUUGGCCACUAAAGCGAGAUGAGCGCCGCAACCCCAGAGUCGGCCACGACUGGACCUAAUGGUCAGGGGUCCCUUUACCCUUUACCUUUAAGCAUGGUGGAACCCGCUAGGGUUCUUGGGCCUUCUUGCCUGAGGGUGCCAAGUACUGGUACUAGAUUUGGUCACUGAAGUGUUAUCUUUUUGCCUUCUCUACACUGAAUUGAGGUGAGGGUCUCACUCUCUUCGGCUAAAACCCUCUGUCCUAUUAGGACAGCACAAGUAUAAUUUUCAUUAAUGAAGCAUGCAUAUACACUAGUACCUCAUUUUACGAAAUUAAUCCGUUCCUGAAGUCUGUUCUUAAACCUACCAUUCUUAAACUGAGGUGCGCUUUCCCUAAUGAGGCCUCCUGCCGCCAGUGCCCUUCCACCGUUCAGUUUCCGUUUGUAGACUGAGGUAAAGUUCGCAAACCGGAACACUACUACCCAUUUUGCGGAGCUCGUAACUGAAUCAUUUGUAAGCAGGACUGUUCUUAAACCAAGGUACCACUGUAUUAGAUUUUAAAAGAGAGGAGAUUCUGUUUUCAGAAGACAAAUGCCAUUUCCACUUUGUGGUGAACUACAGUCUUCCUCUCUUUUGGUAAGCGUCUAAAGGAUGAUUUAUGAAGCAUGGCUGUGCUAUCUACUUACUCCAUGAAAAUUGUUCAGUGCCUUUUUAUAUAAUCCAGAGGCUGUAAAUAUAUAUGCAUGUAGAAGCUGGUGUUGUGAUAAAAGUAUCUUACUGAAUCAGAUGUCAAUAUUUUCUCCAUAUAUGUUGUGUGUGUGUUGUGAUGCAUGCAUUAGUAUUCCACACACACACACAUUUUGUUAAAGUGCUAUAGAAAGUUGCCAGAUACAAUAUCUGUCCAAUUAUAGUAAAUGAUGGACUUCUAUACGUUAUUUAUAAUCCAGCUCACUUGCUGGCGUUCGUUUUCUGUCGACAGGUCAGCCAUUCAGAAACUGGGAACAGAAACCUUUGAAAAAGUUUAUGAAUUCCUGCAACGAGCAAGAAAGCAGAAUGCAAGUGAAAAUGAAAUCAGAGAAUACCUGGAAAAAAUGGUGUCUCGGGCAAGUGACUGCUUUGAAGUAGAUCAGCUCCUCUAUUUUGAAGACCAGCUGAAGGCUUCUGAAGAUGCCUCCGUGUGACAUCAAAGAAUGGUUUUACUUGAAUCAUCAGAAAUUAAUAAACGGGGCACUGUUCAGAUGGAAGCAGGCAUCGUGCCAUAGGGUUAGGGCAAUGAGUAGCAUGGAGACACUGACAGGAAUUAAUGUAUGCCAUUUUGCUAUCUUCUUAUUUGAGGCAAAUAGUACUCUUACCAUCUCCAGGUGAAAUCAGGAGAUCUUUGAUUGAUUCCUACAGCAGUAUUGACACUUAGAGCUCAAUAAUCAUUGCCUCGAAAAUUGCUGGAUUGUGGUUUCUGAUGGCAUGUGUGCAUAUUUGAGUACUCCAUUGGGAGAAACGGGGGUGUUCAAAACCCGCAUUUCAGCCACGUUUCAAAAUGAUAUGCAAGGAAAUGCAUGAGAUGUGAGGUGCAGGGAUAAUAUGGGAUGAAGGGAAAAGAAAACACUUCACUUUGAUUUACUUCUACGGUGCAAAGAAGGAACUUUGUAAGAAAUUUUUAAAAUCAAUGUUGGGGCUGAAUCAGGUGGUCUCCAGCAUACAUUUUCAGUGUGACAAAGGUGGGAAGGGUUUCUAAAAUCCCCCAAGAAGUUUGCCUCUUUUUGCACCAGUUUUCUGCUGUUUGAUUCUUCAGUCGACUGCAGCAUUUUUGUCUGUUUCAAAAUUAGAUCUUCUUCCUUACAAUCAGUUGGUACUGCAAAGGGAAUAUAAUGAAGUAUGGCUGACGCAGCCUGAUGCCAGCUUCUUCUGCCUACAUACCAGAUGUUGGGAAGAGGGAUGGUGAAGGUUGCCUGAAUGUGUGUGCCAGGGCUGCAUUGCCAUCUUCUCCCCGCAACACCUCCGUGACAAAACAAACCCUACAAAAGAUGUAAAGAAAAAAAGGGGGCAGGGUUAAAAUAUUUGCAGAACACGCAUUGCAGGUGUGCUUUUGCCCUAGUAAAUGAAUUGCUUUGUAAAAUAUUAACCUGUAAAUAUCAUGCUUUUUUUUCUGUUCAUACCAGUGAUCUGUGACUAUGCUUUAUCUAAAAGUCCUAACGCCAGCCUUUCUCUUCCCAUUUUGCAAACGGCACCCUUGCAAAUUAAAUAAAUAAAAAUAAAAUGCCACGUUGUUUCUGUUCAUGCCA